UCCCGUGGGCGGGGCCAAAUGAGCACAACAACCAGCCAAGCUCCAAUCUGCGCGCUGAUAGGGAGGCGGAGUGCGAGUGGGCGGGGCGAGAAGCGGGCCCCGCGACGAGCUCAGUCGGAGGAGACUGUGAGGGCAGCGAAUGAAAAGCGAGAGAGACCCUCGUGGCUGUUGUGCCGCCGUAUGCCCCGCCCCUUCCCUCCCUCACUCGGGAAGGCGGGGUUGCGCUGACAAGAUGGCGGCUGCGGCUGCUGCUGCGUGAGGAGGCGGUGGUGAUGGAGCCUCUUGUUAUCGUCCGCGCGGGAAUUCCUUCAGGACUUGCCGCUUUCCUGGACGGCGCUGAAUAGGAAUUGUGGGGAGAGGAGCCUGGCUCACUGCGGGCCGGGCCUCCCCUCAUUCUUCCCAGCCCUCACAACCAGCCUUGCCUUUUUGGAGGAGGGCAGCCCCUUCCUCGUCUUCGCCCAGCCGGUGGCUCCUUUCCUUGCGGACUACGCACUUCCACCCCCUCGCCUGCCAGUCCGUGGAUCGCAGCCGCCAUGCCUUGGCCCUUCUCGGAGUCCAUCAAGAAGAGGGCCUGCAGGUACCUGCUGCAGAGGUACCUGGGCCACUUCCUCCAGGAGAAGCUCAGCUUGGAGCAGCUCACCCUGGACCUCUACCAAGGCACUGGCUCCUUGGCACAGGUGCCCCUAGACAAGUGGGUAAGUGGUGCUUCAUGCGUCUCUUAGGAGCAGUAGGGUCGUGGAGUUGGAAGGGACCCCAGGGUCACCUGGUCCGACCCCCUGCAAUGCAGGAAUCUCGGCUAAAGCAUCCAUGACAGGUGGCCACCCAACCUCUGCUUAAAAACCUCCAAGGAAGGAGAGCCCACACCUCUCAUGGUAGUCUGUUCCACUGCCCAACAGCUCUUCCUGUCAGAAAGUUUUUCCAUAUGUUUAGUCGGAAUCUCCUUUCUCGUAUCUUGAAUCCAUUGGUUCAAGUCCCACCCUCCGGAGCAGGAGAAAAGAAGCUUGCUCCGUCUUCCAUGUGACAGCUCUUGAGAUAUUUGAAGAUGGAUAUCAUAUCUUCUGUCAUAACCUAACUAAACAUGCCUAGCUCCCUCAAUUUUGUGCUUUGUAAGGCUUGGCUUCCAGACCCUUGAUCAUCCUCCUCUGCACACAUCCCAGCUUGUCAAUAUCAUUCUUAAAUUGUGCCCAGAACUGGACACAGUACUCCCAAGUGUGGUCUGACUAAAGCAGCAUAGAAUGGAUCUGGACACUAUACUUCUGAUGAUACAAUCUGGAAUAGAAUUAGCUUUUUUUGCCCCUACGGCAUGACAUCUUCUCCUGCCUACCCCUCAUAUAUCCCCCCUAUCUGUCAAGUGUCAAAAGCUGUCUUUUCACUUUGACAGACAUGCCCUAGCCAACUGUUUAAACUUCCUGUCACGGUUACUGCUGCAAUAAUUGAGCAAUUUUCAAUGCAUGAGGGUUAUCUGGGGUGAUCCAAAGUUGACAAGUAGUCAUCUUUUUUUCUGUGUGAACACUGCAUUUCACUUCCAAACACUUGGACUUGUAACCUAAAUGCUUCUCCCUACCCACUCCAAUAACAAUAAUGAAAUUCCCAUUGAAGUGAAUAGAUCGUCUACGGCAGCAUUCCCCAUCCUGAUGUCCUCUGGAUGCUGUUGCAUGUCAAAUCUCAUCAGCCCUGCCCAUUGGCCAUGCUUGCUGGAGCUUAUGGGAGUUAAACAACACAUGGAGGGCUUUGAUCAGAUUUUUUUUUGAGGGAAAGGGAAAAGCAGAAGAUAGAAGGGAAAAGACUGCUCUUCUUGACAGGAGACAGGUGUCUUAUUCAGUCUGUAAUCUUAAACAUGCUCAUAAUCUUAAAGUUGCUAAUUCAUUGAUACUAUAGAAAUUUCGGGUCCAUAUGUGUCAGCAAUUAACUUCUAGCUAAGUGGCUAUUGGGGUAUGGAGUGCUAUUUGUACAAACUAGCUUGUCUACUGCAUUGAAGUGUCAGGAAGCACAUUAUUUUGGUUAUGUGGUUGCUUUCAUCUUGGUAGUGGUCAACUCAGUUUUCCACAUCACUCCCACCCCCCAAUAUUUUGUUGUUGUACAGUACUCCCAAAGUUUAUAUGUGUGUGUAUAAAUAUAUACAGGUAGGUAGCCGUGUUGGUCUGCUGUAGUCAAAAGAAAAUAAAAAAAAUCCUUCCAGUCGCACAUGAAAGCUCAUACCAAUAACAAACUUAGUUGGUCUCUAAGGUGCUACUGGAAGGAUUUUUUCUAUUUUUUAUAAGUAUAUGUUUGUGUGGGGGGGGUGUAGUCUGCUCUGUUUCUCUCCAGGUGAUCUGGAGACCAAUUUAAAACAUUUCUUUCUUUACCAUUUGAAGAUGCUUAAUUUUAUGAUGAUCUAUUUUUCUGUGUUCAUAACAUUUUAAAAACACUGGCUAGCUGUGAAUCCUGAUAACAAUUUUUAUAUGGUAUGUUCAGCAUUUGUUUAAACAGUUCGAGUUUGGAUGUAACUGACUUCGUAAGCAUAAAGGUUAUUCUCAUAUGACCCUGUGGCACAGUUCAGUUUUUAUAGCCAUUAGGUAGCCUUGAAUGUUUUGAUUUAAAUAUCCUCUAGUGGACACCCCAGGACCUUUGCUCCCUUCAGCAAGCUAUGCUAGAAAGAAUAAGUAAAUUAGUAACUGCCUUUUAAAUAUGCUUAUUCUUCAGUUUUGAGUUGACUAUUUUGCAUGCCUCCUGUUUUCUAAAUAGUAUAAAUGUUUCUCUUUAUAAUGUAUAAAUGCAUCUCAUAAAGUUUUAAAAACCAGAAGUCACCCCCAACUGUGAGGACCCCCCCCCCCCCCGCUGAAGUAGAGGCAUGUGAAUCAGGGCAGAAUAGAUUACUCACCUGUUACCUUCCAUAUCAUCUGGGGCAUCUCUCUCUGUUUCUCUACAGUUACUGUCUGUCAUGUCUGCUAUGAUAGUUUAGCUGGAUAAUUUCAUUGUGAUAAUAGAGAGCUGCACCUGAAUGCUACAGUCCUGGAAUUGGUAUGCUGUGGGGGGGGGGGGAUUUUUGAUUAUGUCUCUCUCCAGGUGUACCCAUUGUUUUGUUUUGUCUUCUGGAAUGUAUGGGGAUUAUGUGGCACACUUGGUUGUAGAUAUUUGAGGUUUAUUCAUUGUGAUCACAUUUGACCCAGAUUACUCAAAGAGAUCAUUGGUAGGAUCAGCCAACAAUAGGUUGUCUCUUGAGCAUUUUUUCCACUGUAGUGUAAAGCAGUGCUUAGGAAACCAACACAUUGGAACCUCCCUAUUCAGUAUUUUAACAGAUGUUACUUAGUUUCUUUCUUGAAAAUCUACAGCCUGCACUAAAUGGGAAAGGCCUUUUUAAGAAAAAUAUAAUUGAAUUAAAAUCUAGUAUUUUCUGCAUUGUAAUACAGAUGUGAAACUGAAUGGGGACGUAUUGACAGGUACCAGUUGUGUUCAAGUUUGUUCAUAAUCCCUGUCACUGAGAAUUAAAUAAUAUUACUGCUCACUUAAUAAUGCUCUCUGGAACUUUAUGCAUGGUGAGAUAAGGAGCAGGCUUCAGAUUUAUAUAUAGUGCCCUUAAUUUUGGUGUAGCUAACAUCCUCUGGAUGUUGUGGAGUAAAACUCUCAUGAACCCCGAAUGUUUGCCAUUCUUGCUGGGGCUGAUGGAGUUAUAGUGCAGAAUGCUGGAGGGGACUGUUUCGGCUACCUGUGCAUUAACUUUCCCCAACCUGAUGGCUUUCAGAUCAUUUUUACUUACAACUCUCAGCAUCCUUGGCCAUUGAACAUCAUGGCUGGGGCUGAUUGGAAUUGUAGUAAAAAUAAAUAAAUCUGGAGGCCACCAGCUUGGCCUAUUGGCUUAUUCCUACCCUGUCAUAGCAUGUGUAGCAGGAGUGACUAACUUGUGGUUCUUCAGCUGUUGUUGGACUCCAACUCAUAUGAAGCUCAGCCAGCAUGGGCAAGCUUCAGAGAUGAUAGGAGUUGUAGUGUAGCAACAUCUGGAGAGCCAUUCCUGAUUUCAAAUGUGAACUUUAUUAAUGCAAGCAUAUUUCGGUGAGGAUGCUAUUGAGCCCAAAACUCAUUCCAAUCUUGCAACACUUAAAGGUUCUGUGGUUUAUGUAUUAGCAGAUCUGUAGUCAGUAUAGUUUAGUGAAGUGCCAUCAUUGUCAUAUGGAGGAUGUUCCUACCUAUAUCAGUGUUGUUUGGAUGAGGGAGGUGAUAUUGGUCUCCGUCUCCCCCAGCAGUGCCCAAGUGGGUUUGUAAUUUGGCAUCAGCAUAGACUUGAUAGACAGGGAGCCAGAUUUCUGAGAGUUUAUCAGGGUAGCAUCCUCUCUUUCUGUGUUCUCUGGAUAGAUAUUUGAAUUCUGUUACUUUGUAUUGUCUAUCUACCCCGCUUCCUAACAUAACUUUCCUGAUUGGUAGAGGUGGUCUUGGACUUGAUGACUCCAAAAUUUUUAGGUCUUGGGAGAUUCCAGCAUCCACAGGGGAGCAGUUCAAGCCUUGAUGGCUGCCAUGAGGCUACCCCAAAACAUUUUGGACCCAACACAUGUAGCUGUGUGUAUUCCCAGUCUGAUGCCAUAGAGUCUGCCAUAGAUCUAGAUUACUACUGGUAAAGUUGAGGCUGUUAGCAGCUCUUAAUGCUUGGUGGGGGGCAAUUCAGUUGGUCCUCUUGGGGAGGCUUAUGGUUUUGCAUGAUUUCCUGGUGUCUCUGCAAUAAGACAACAGCAUGUGUGAAUAUCAUUGUUUCUAGGUGUCCUUCCACACUGACUAGGGAUAAAUUGGCAGCAUAGUAUUUCAGGGAGUUUGGAGUGAUGAAAUAGUUGAGGUGAUAACUUGAAUGCAGAUGAAGGAAAAUAUGGGAGAAAACUGCCAGAUGUAACCUGGGAAGUGCAGAUUGCACACUUCUGAACAAAUAGGAAAAAUGUAGUGUUCCCUGGAGACUAUGCAUACUGACUGGAGAAUGUGCAUAUUGCCAGAGAAUGUACAAAAUGCAGCCAAAGUAUGUACAUGCCCCAAAGCCUGUUGUGGGUUAUGCAUAAUGGCUGGAGAAUGUACAAAGUUCAUCUCAGAUAUGCACUUCCCCUAAGGCUUGUUGGGGAUUAUGUAUAGUGACCAGGAAAUGUGCACAGUUCAUGGAAGGCUUAUGUGCACAUUUCCCAUGAGGCCUGGGGAAUAUGCACAUUGGCCAGUUAUUAUGCACAUUAAUUACUCAAAAUACAUUCUCUCUCCCUCUCUCUCUCUCUCUCUCUCUCUCUCUCUCUCUCUCUCUCUCUCACACACACACACACACACACACAAUAUAUAUGACAUAUAACCCUUUUUCACCAAAACCAUGGACCCACAAUUCACUUUAGUAUUUAAUACUAAAGGGAACUUACGUUAUUUUUAAUAUAAAAUGUCAUGGGCAUCAACAAAAAUUGAUUAUAUGCUGCUUAUGUAAUAUGCAAAGCAAUUCUUUAUUCUUUUUUCUCUUUGUUUCAGAGUCUUAAUGAGAUUCUUGAAUCAGCAGAUGCUCCGCUGGAAGUCACUGAGGGAUUUAUUCAGUCAAUUUCUCUUUCUGUGCCCUGGGGUUCGUUACUUCAAGAUAACUGUGCGCUUGAAGUGAAGGGCUUAGAGAUGGUCUUCAAGCCAAGACCCCGACUAAGUAAGUUAAGAAGGAUCAUUGACGAAAACAAGUCAUGCCUAUUUAAUUUUCUGAAUAGUGGACUAUUGGGACAUCCCACAGUGAGUACUGAUUUCUUCAAAGCAGCAGGGUGACCCUAACUUCAGCACAUUAUAGAGAAGCAGAUACUAGUUUCUUCCUGGGGAGGCUGAUACUUCUGUUGUGAGUGUUGCCCACAGCUCGGAGGUACCAUUCACAGAAUUUCUCAUUCUUGUAUACAGAAGCUGGGCUUCUAAUUUAUCCCUGUAUUCGUGUGCUUUGGUUAUGGUUGAACAUUUGCUGAAGGCCAUUUAUGACAAAGCACCUGAGGCUUCUCUCUUCUUUUCUAGCUUCUGGUUCAGAGCCCAUGUAUUGGUCAAGCUUCAUGACUAGUAGUAUGCAGCUUGCAAAAGAAUGUCUUAGCCAGAAACUGACAGAUGAACAAGGAGAAGGUUCCCAGCCUUUUGAAGGGCUUGAAAAGUUUGCUGAAACAAUUGAAACAGGUACGACGGACUCUUUGAGCUAACAAAACACUAUACUGUAUCAAGAUGUGCUACAUAGAGCUGAGGGAUCUUUUGCCAACUGAGUUGACCUUGAUAAUUUAUUCCAUGUGCAGUUUGCUCAGGUUAGAAGAGUUCCCUGUUUGAUGGUAACAGUAGUCAGCUUUAAAAUUUGGGCCAUGAUGUACCAAUAUGCAAAUCUUGCUGUGUCCACAGUGGAAAUUGCUUGGGGAAGUGAGCCCUCUUCCACCAAGUCUGCAUGCAUGGACCAAAAUGCAUCAGUCAUUAUCUAAAAAGGAAAACCAGCUUGUGUGUUCCCUGCAAUGUUUCAGCAGUUCUUUCUCUCCCCAGCACCAUAGUCCCAAGUUACUCCUGUCCUGGGGAGGAAAAGAAGAGCUGGGUAGUUUCAGGGCUGCACAUACCAGCUGCUCCUUCUACAUAAUUUCUUGCAUACGUGAGGAGGGGAAGAGGGCUCAUAGUAUUUUAUGUUAAUUUCUCUUUAUUGGUAUAGCCAACAGAUAUCUGCAUAGUUGAAAUCAUAUUUUAUAUUCAUGUUUCUAUGUGACACGUCCCCCUCCAUUUUGCUUUCUUCACUUUAGUUUUAAGGAGAGUGAAAGUCACCUUUUUAGACACUGUUCUACGAAUUGAACAUGUGCCAGAUAACUCAAAAAGUGGGACAGCACUUGAAAUCCGCAUUGAGAAGUAAGUAGUAUUGUUCUUCUAAGUAGAGUUUAGAAUGUUAUCUUGUCCUUGUGUGUGAGAAUUUGUUUUUGUUUUAUUUAUUUGAUAUCUGUCCGGCUCUUUCUCCCUAAGGAGUCUAAGCUGGCAAACAGUAAAGCAUUUUAAAACGGCCAAAUCUCCUGAUUCAUGGUUGCUAGGAGCAGUAUAUUUCAGCCCCCAAAUAUGUGGGUGAACAGGAAUGUUUGUAACCUCACCAGGGAGGGCAUACCAUAAAUGAGGAGCUGCUACUGGGGAAUGCAUGUGAAGAAAUGGGCUUUUGGAUGCACAUCAGAUCAGGUUCUGAAUGGACAAUAGCUACAGCAUGAGUGAAAUAGGUUUCUAGCACUCAAUUCUCUAUGGGGGUGCUGGAUGCUUGGGUCACAAUGCUACAAUGGAUUUUAAUACUGCAAUUCCAAUUAGAGAGCAAGGCUCAGUGAAUUUAUUUUUAAGUAAACAGGCUUAGGAUCAUGCUGUACAUACUCUCACUGUGGAUUUUAAAAUUAAAACAUUACUUUAGAGUAAUUGAAGUAAACAGCAACCAAAUUAUUGAAAGGUAAUCUUCUAGAUUUACUAGUGCCUCUUUUAAGAAAACCAAGAAUGGAACGCUGUCCAACAUGGCUGUAGAAGUAUUUCAUUAUUUUAUUUCCACCCUUCUAGAACGAUGUACUACGAUGAAACCGCCGAUGAAUGCUCUGGAAUUAAUGUGCAUCAGCCCACAGCUUUUGCUCACAAAUUGUUACACCUCACAGGUGUUUCUUUCUUCUGGGAUGAAUUUCUGGCAUCAGCAAAAUCCUCUCCAGUGUGUUCAGCUACACAAUUGGUAAAAAAAAAUUAGAUCUACAUACAUGCAUAUAUAUAUAUUUAAUGAAACGUAGAAUAUAUUUUAAGGGACGCGGGUGGCGUUUUGGUUUAAACCACUGUGCCGCUUGGACUUGGCGAUCGGAAGGUCGGCAGUUUGAGGCCCCGCGACGGGGUGAGCUCCCGUUGCUCGGCCCCUGCUCCUUCCAACCUAGCAGUUCAAAAGCACGUCAAAGUGCAAGUAGAUAAAUAGGUACCGCUCCGGCGGGAAGGUAAAUGGCGUUUCUGUGCUCUGCUCUGGCUUCGCCAGAAGCAGCUUAGUUAUGCUGGCCCCAUGACCCAGAAAAACUGUCUGUAGAAGCGGACAAACGGCGGCUCCCUCAGCCUGUAAAGCGAGAUGAGCGCCGGAACCCCAAAGUCGUUUGUGACUGGACUUAAUUGUUAGGGGUCCCUUUACCUUUACUAGAAUCUAAAAUUGCUACUUGGAGGUCUUUAGAGGAAAGAAGAUACAAAUGUAACAAAGUAAUGCUAUGAGUUCAUCAAGUGCAGUUUGACAAUCAGUAUGUUCAUUAAAAUGAGAUGCCAUAUUUAAGAGUAUAAAAUAGUCCAUUUGUGUUAUGGAAUUAAUGCCUUUCCUUGUAUUUCUUUUAAAGGCAACAGAACCAAAGCUCUCACCUAGCUGGAACCCAAAAAUUGUGUAUGAACCACACCCACAAUUAGCAAGAAACUUGCCAGAGGUUUCUCCAUCUGAUCCUGUGCAAAUAUGUAAGCUGAUUGGAAGGAUGGAACUGAGCCUUACAUUAAAACAAAAUGAAGUGCUUCCAGGAGCAAAGGUUAGUUGUAGCUUCAUGCAUUACAGGUAAAAGACAUGUGAUCAGAUUGCCAGGGCAGGAGUUCGGUUGUAGACAAAAAUUGCAGUCAUGCAUUUCCCGCUUGUUAUGUGUUACUCCAAGGCUUGAGGUGAUACCUUGCUUUAUUCCCUAUUCCUCUUUUUCCUUGAUGCACACAGCUGAACUCUCCUUGCCAAUUUGGUGGGCCUGAAAAAGGGAGAAUGGUAGGCAUGUUUAGAUCUCCAGGCAAUUGCACAACUGACAUUUAUAAGCAUCUUGAAAAUUUUCAGAGCAUGCAAGCAACUACUGCAUGCUAGUUUUUGCUUCCUCUCUCCUGGAUUCAGCAUAAAGACCAGCCCAGGACAGAAGCAAGGUAACUGUAGUGUGGGCACCUGGAAGCUGCCACUCUGCCACUCUUUAUGCAGGUGCUCCUGCUGCUACUGAAUGUUCCUUUUAGUCAGUGGAUGGCCAGGCACAGAUUGUAUUCACCCUGUGACCUUUGUUUUGGUUUGAUUUCCUAAUACAUCAGUGGCUGCAUUCUGAUAGAAAGCUAAGUCAUACUUUGUUUUGGCCAUGAUACAUUGAGGAGGCUGGAAUCCAGCUCACAUUCAAGCAAACCUAAUAUACAGCUGUCGCCUUUGGUGGUUUGUUGUCUUCCACCCAACCCUGCACUGCCUCUGUGAAUGGACAGCUGCUAUAUGAAAGUAUUUUAUGGGGUCCAAAGGAUCACCAGUUCUCUAACCGUUGGCCACUUGCAAAACAGGGCGGGGAAGUAAAAAACUCAUCUCCUCCGAAAUCCGUGGCGGCUUGCAGCAUGACCCUAAGGCAAAACAAAGUCAAAAAAUGUCCCUCUCUUCCCCAUUCAUAGGUACCUCCCUAAGAAGGAUUGCUAUCUUUUUGUAUUAGUCCCUUCCCUCCAACAGUCCUGAACAAAAUUCCUUCAUUUUGUGCCUGCUCUUUCAGUAAUGGUUCAUUUUUUUCAGUAGUCAAAUUACUGGUGAGCAAGCAGAAAAUAACUGGAGUCCGUGGGAUCUAAAAGGAGGUAGACGGGUUGCUGCAGAAAUACUUUAGUGGGAAAUGGGUAUGGGGUUGGCAUUGGUGUUUAGGGGAAGCUUUUAGAUGAAACUAAUUGUAUCUGUUGAACUUCUGAUAACAGCUUGGUAAGAGAGGAAAAACCCCAGUUAAUAUAUAUAUCAUUAUUAGAAUUGGGAGAAAGUGCCCUUCAUCCUUUAAGAGAAAUAAGAAUAAUUUCCUCAGAAGGCUACUGUGGAACUAGGCAGCUAAGAUGCAGAGAGAGAGCUUGUGAGUAAAGAGGAAGGUGGGGAAAGGAUACCCAGGAAGAAUCUCUUAGCCAUGUGAUGGGUUUGAUUUUCUCGUCUCUCUCACAUUCCAUUUCUGUAGCCAGGCAGAGUUCAAUUCCCCACACAGUCAUGAAGCUCACUUGGUGACCUUGUCCAGUCACUAUCUCUCAGUCUAAUGUUCCUCACAGGGCUGUUAUGAGGAUAAAAUGGAAAGGGAGAGAACUAUGUACACCACCUUGAGCUCUUUGGAGGAAAGGUGAGAAAUAAAUGAGUAAAUACAGAGGAAUAAAUUUGGAUGCAGAGUUCAGGCAUAAUAACAAACCACAGUUAGUGCAAGCCAAGAUUCAUAAACCAAUGUCAAAGCACUGUAUAGAUCAUGAAGUAUUUUUGUUCCUAACAAGUUAUAAUGAACUUGAUUAGGUUUGGAUGAACAGACAAGUCAGGAUUUAGCUCAUCGUGUAAAUCAACCAAAACAAGAAAGCUUCAUUACAUAAGUCUACAUGUAACAGGAAAGCGAUAAGGCUUCUGAUGUAAACAUAAGCAAUUCUUUGAGGAAUUGCUGCUCACAGACAACUAAUGCUGUCUCUAAGAUACACACAGUUAAGUGAUCCCUGUUGCUUAAAGGUGGUGAGAUGAAAUGUUUUGGAAGCCAUUUGGAAGGAAUUGGUUACUUUUUAGAGCUUCUUUUGGGCUUCCUUUUGGCAGGAUGUGCUGCCAUUGGCAUCUGUCGCAGGAGCAGGCAGUAAAAGAAGAAAUUACUGGGUCAAAGGAAAAAGAGAAACAGAGAAUUUAUCCUAUCAUAAAGACCCAGAAUAUUGUUUGUUUUUAUUGUAAAAAGUCUGUUGGUAUUAGAAUAUGUUCUGAUUUCUACAGAGUGGGAAUGAGAGAUGGAAUUCUAAAGUUGAAGAGGAAACAAUGGUUUGCCUCUGUGCAUCUUCAUACAAUUUUGUGCUAUGUCUGGCAACUUACAUAUACUGCAACUGCCAAGAGUUUUAUAUGUCAGCAAUUGGGAACUGCUGCAAUGCUGUUGUAAUAUAGAGCAUAUUUUACUGUUGAACUGAAAGUCCAGGCCUUUUCAGCAUGUCCAGUACAUUUUGUAACAUUGUCAAUGCCAUCUUAGCUACCAGGGUUAGUCAAGUAUUCUGCCUUGGUUUAUUUUGAAUGUUGUGUUUUUAAUUUCAUUACUAAUGAUUGUAUGGCUGGCCUGUUUCAUGUGUUGUAUCUGUCUAGCAGGUUAUAAACAUUUUAAAAAGAUGAAUUAAAAAACUUACAGUGUGAAUCGGCCUUUCAAGCUCACCUUUCUGUGGUAGUAGGCGAGGAUCUGGGAAGAGAUCUCACAGGAGUCCAGUCCAAUGUUGAAAACCUCAGCUGCAGAUUUAAAAUUGUCAGGCAAUUGUACAAACAGGCCCAGAAGCACAAACUGCCUUGUAGAUUCUGAGUAUGCAAAUGCCCCUUCAAUGCAGAGAUGUCAAAGUAAGCAUUAUAAGCAUCCAAGUGUGGACCUAAUACUGGUAUCCAAAACAAUUUAAAUGCUGUGUUGUGAUACCCUAUCAGUCUUUGGGUGAAUAUAGUGUGUAUACAGACCAAUAAUAAUAAGGAAUUAAAGCUGGGAAUGAAAUAUCUGUUUUGGUUCAAUGGUGAGACAGUACAUAAUCCGAGAAAUGGAAAGAAAGAAUUCUUCUGAUCCGUAUUUCUUGAAUAUAUUCUUUAUUCUUCUUAAGUUGGAUGUAGAUGGAGAGAUAGAUUCGAUACACCUAUUCCUGUCACCCAGACAGGUACAUCUUCUGCUGGAUAUGUUAGCAGCUAUCGCUGGACCAGGUGAGCCAAAGUUGCAUUGCCUUGUGUGGUUAGAAAGAGUGUGAUCACUGCAUUAAACACGUUGCACUAUUUCAAGGUUUUGAAUAAUCUCUAGACUAAGGGCAGUAUCAAAAGUGUACCUUUAAAGUUAAACACUCUUAAAUCCCAUAUGUUGAACUGCAGAGGAAAGCACACCCUUAGAACUCCUCCUUUGAAACCCAAGGGUUUUUAAAACGCUUUGACUAGAUUGGCCCUAAAUUACUGAAGCUUUACUUUUAUUUCAAAAAGUCUAAAGAAAAUCUUACGUUGGGGGGAACUUUCUCGUAAGUAGAUUUGUAUUGUUCCUCCUUCUGAAAGCAGCUAAUAAGAAUUGGAAAUAGCCAAAAGGAUCUGAAACCAGUUUAGUAGCUCCAUAGUUGUGAUUAAUAUUAGUAACGUAUUUUUCUCAUGCAGAUUUUAUCUAGUCUUCAUCAGUGUUGUUGUGCUUUUUUGAAAGUCUGUAAGGGAUGAUAAAUGUUUGUUUCCCUUUCUCCUUCCUCAUACACUUCCAUGCAGAGGGCUAGUUGUUUAGGCAACGAAAGAAGAUUCAAGAUGUCUGGCCAAAAAGUAAAUAGUGUAUUUUAAAGUAAUGCUUAAUAGAUUUUUCUUAAACAGAGAAAUUCUCAAAUCAGGAAACUUUAUUCCCUCCUUGUAUGCCAGAUUGUUCCUUUUGUACACAAAUUUCUAACAUAUUUCUUCCUAUAUUCUAAAAAAAAUCCAAACAAACCUCAAAAUAGCCCUUCUGCUAAUUUAAGGCAAGCCUGAAAUUGAGAGAAAAACAUUUCAACCUAAAGUGCUCAAAAUGUUCACACAAAUUCUGUUGAGUGCCUUUCUUUGUGAAAUGGAAAUGUUGCUUGGAGUUAGUUUUCUUUUAGGUAGCAUUUUUUUUAAAGUGUGAUUUUUUUUUACAACUAAAUGAGUUGUUGUUUGGGGGAAAUUAUUUGGUGUUUGGAUGUCUCUGGGGCUUGGGAAUUGAAUCGGAGGUCAAGUUGCCACACCCUGUUUUCAAUUACAGAGAAUCCUAGCAGAAUAGAAUUGUGCAAUAAAGAUAGGAGAAACCGGCCAAUGCAGCAGGAAGAUGAAUAUCGGAUUCAGAUGGAGCUCAACCGCUACUUAAGAAAAGACACAUUGCCAACAGGAGCACAGUCUGAUCCGAGUUUCUAUGAGACGGAGGCAGCCAGAACUCCUUCAAGCCGGGGUGAGCAAUUGAACAUCGUAGGGUGCUUUUUGGUUUCCUCUUUGCUUUGGAGCAAGAUUUGCUCUUGGUUGCAGUACUGCUCAACUUAAAGCAGCCUUUCUCUACCUGUGGGUCCCCAGAUGUUGUUGAAAUACAACUCCCAUCACUCCUAGCUGGCAAGGCCAGAGCUCAGGGAUUAUGGGAGUUGUAGUCCCACAGGUUGAGAACUGCAGACUUAGAGGAUGGAGCAGGUAGGUGAUGGUCACAGAUUCUCCCUUCUCACUGCAGCACCCUGUAAAUUUGCUCCUGGGAGUGGGGGCGGGGGCGGAAUGAGAGGUGAUGCAGGCACCUUCCAGGGAAAGGUGGGAUAGGCAAAAGAAGCAUUACCAUCUCAUUCAUGCUUUGGUGUGCUGUAGUUGACCUAAAUGUUUUUCAUCGUGAACAAAUCACACAAGAUGAUAUCUUUUUUUUUUUCCUAUUAGAAGAAGAAGUGUUUUUCUCGAUGGCUGACAUGGAGAUGUCUCACAGUCUUUCCUCUCUGCCACCGCUUGGAGACCCACCAACUAUGGAUUUAGACCUUUCUUUAACUAGUACAUACACUAAUACGCCUGCAGGAUCUCCCCAUGGCGCUGCGGUGGUAGGUUGUCUUUAACUGUCUUUGAGCAAAUGAAGAGGGGAAAGGUUAUAGCUCAGUGGCAGAGCAGUUUGCUUGUAUGCAGAAAGGCCCAGGUUCAGUCCCCAGGAUCUGCAGGAAGGGUGGGGAAUGUGUCAUGUCUGAAACCCUGGAAAGCAGCUACCACUCAGUGUAGAUAGUACUGAGCUAGAUGCACUUCUGACCAGGCUUUGUAUAAGGUAGCUUUCUAUGUUCCUAUGAUUUUUAUCAUAUGUGCUUUUUAAAACAGUGGCACUAAUCACUGUUGUGCAUGGUUGUCUGCCUGCCAGUUUCAUACCCUUGUAGCCAUCAUCCCAAAGAGUGUCUGCUACAGGAUGAUUUUUUUUUUAAACAGCAUCUCAGUGAAGGCACUAUAGCUACAUUGAAACCUCACAUCUUUCCCCUAAUUCACCAUGACACUAUGAUGUCAUGUGUGACAUCAUUUGCUGUGAUGUCAAUAGGUCCAGUGCCGGUGGGUGAGAUAAUUUGACAAUGCAACCAAGAAAUGCUUCAGUUUAAAGCUCUGUGAAAUUCGAUGUAUUGACUAUAUUUGACAAAAUGAAAAGUAGCAUUACACCAAGUCAGGCUAUUGGCUCAUCUAGUAUUGUUUACACUGACUGGCAGAGGCUGUAGGAUGUGUCAGGCAGGAAUCUUUCCCAGUCCUGAUAGAGAGAUAUCAGGGAUUAAAUUUAGGACCAUUUGCAUGCAGAACCUGCUUUCUACCACUGAGUUUCGACCCUUCCCCUUUAGAUGUACAUAUUUGAUCUCACGGUGGCAACUAAUAUCCUACGUCCUCCCACAGUUAUAAAGCUAAUUUUCCUAUGAAGCCUUUGGCACAGCCCCCCAAUUCCCAUGACCUACUGAAACUAUUUCUAAGUACAUAUUACUGAAUUAACUAAAUAUUCUUCCCCUGCUUUCCUUUCUCUAGACCCAGGGGGAAGCCAUGUUAGGGUACAAGCUUCUCGGGGCAAAAACUUGUCCUCUGCAAAUUGCUGUGCACAUCUAUGGCACUAGGUAAAGAGGACCACUGAUCUUUCCCUGUAGGCAACAUGUAGCAACCUUUGAGUGGGUUUUUUAAAGUAUGGAAACAGCAGAAUUACAAAAUGACAUGUCAUAACGAUAAUAUGCAAUGGUACCUCUGGUUACGAACUUAAUUCAUUCUGGAGGUCCGUUCUUAUCCUGAAACUGUUCUUAACAUGAGGCGCCAUUAAGUGAAAGCGCGCCUCCCGCUGCACGUGCGCCUCUGGCACACGAUUUCUGCUCGCAUCCCGGGGCGAAGUUCACAUCCGGGAGCAACUACUUCCAGGUUAGCGCAGCUCGUAGCCUGACGCAUGCGCAACCAGAAACGUUCAUAUCCAGAGGUACCACUGUAUGUUGAGGUUCAUUUUCUGUUACAUUAGUUAAGUUGAGGUGAUGUACAGGUGUAACAACCAGCUCUCUCUUUUUCCUUUUAGCAGCAGCCAGCCUGGGGAGACUGUUUUGAUCAAAACAAACAGGAACCGCCACACGUAAGAGGUUCAUCCUUUACACCUAGUGUCAUCCACUCAGCUCCACUGCGAAGGACUUGUAAGUAAACAAGUCAAGGUGGUUGGGGCCAGAAGCAAAUGUGACUUUUAGGUAAAGGGACCCUUGACCGUUAGGUCCAGUUGUGGCCGACUCUGGGGUUGCGGCACUCAUCUCGCUUUAUUGGCCAAGGGAGCCAGCGUACAGCUUCCGGGUCAUGUGGCCAGGAUGAUUAAGCCGCUUCUGGCGAACCAGAGCAGCGCAUGGAAACGCCGUUUACCUUCCCGCCAGAGCGGUACCUAUUUAUCUACUUGCACUUUGACGUGCUUUUGAACUGCUAGGUUGGCAGGAGCAGGGACCGAGCAACAGGAGCUCACCCCGUUGCGGGGAUUUGAACUGCCAACCUUCUGAUCGGCAAGUCCUAGGCUCUGUGGUUUAACCCACAGCGCCACCCCCUUUUACCUUAGUAUAAUAAGACUGCUUUCCAGGAAUGAGUAAGUCAGUGGUUACCACUCACACCGGGCAACUAAGAGACAUUAUCAGUUCAAGGACACACUUCAGCCAAGCAGAAGCACUUCAGGAGGAUGUAGAGCAGGAAAGAUGUCCUUACUGAAUAAAAGGAAAGUUUUGCCAAGAGAUAACAAACAACCAGCCAGUCGUUUUUCACCAAACGCUUCUCAAUCUCAGUCCUUUUGCCCCCUUCGAAUCCAAAAUAGGCAAGGGGACUUUAGAUUCCAAUCCCAGCCCUUUCGUCAAUGUUUUCAAGGAAGGCAAGGGUUCCAAUGGUUCCUCAAAAGCAAAGACAACCGAACAGUGAAAUCAAAGACUGGUCCGUGUCCUGGGUGGGGUGGGGGUCGUGUCUCCAGCUUUCUUCCCGCCUGGCAAAAGUCUGCAGGACCAAUUAGGGUGUGGCAGACCCAAGGGCCAGAAGGAGAGGCCCAUUUUUGGCCCCUGGGCCUGAAAGUCUCCACUACUUUACGUGGCUUUGGUUUAAAAGGAGAGUAUUACUUUUGUGGGAAUACAUUCAGAACAGAACGUUAAGCAAGAAGUCUGUUUUAAUUUUGCACAUUUUAUUAUCUGUAAUCUGUAAGGAGAUCUGAGCAUAUUGAAAUCCACCAUAUGUUUGAAAGUGUUGUUUUUAUUUGUAAUUUGUGCCAAUCAAAUCGGAGCAACUUAUUAUUUUAAAUGGAGAGGUUUUUUUAAAAAAAAUUGUAUCUUUGUAGCAAAUUUAAUACUUAACAACUUUUUUACUAGUCAGAGAUACAAUCCUUCAUACACUUACCUGAAAAUUAGUCCUAUUGAACUCAUUGAGACUGCACUAUAUAUAAAAAAGUGUGUUUAUACACAUACAUACACAACACAUACACUCAGACCUACUGUAUAUUACCUUUAAACAUGUUUUCCCCUCCCUUUAGCUCUUCCAUCCAGAUCUGUCUCAGUGGAUGAAUCCAGGCCUGAACUUCUUUUUCGACUAGCAGUGGGUGUUUUCUCAGUAUCGGUACUUCAUAUUGAUCCUUUGCCACCCCCUGAAACGUCACUGAAUGCCAGUCCACUUACACCAAUGGCACAGGAUUUUUUUACCCGCAUAGAAAAGGUUGAUCCAGUUAAGUUUCCAACAGAAGAUUUUCUGUCCUUCCGAGAACUAUUUGCAAAGGCUUGUUCACAUGAUCACCUUAGGUACAACUUUGCUUAUUCAUCUGCUAACAUAGCAAACAAAAUGCAUAAAUUCUGUGACAACUUGAGCUUGCUCAGUAAAUAUUUGAUAUGAGUGUUGUUGGAACAUACUUGAGAGGCUAAGGUAUACCUGGUAGAUAAGGGGAUAGUUACCACCAUCCCUUAAUUAUUGCAGCAGCAGACACUGUAGGUUAGUGGGGUUGUGCCUGGUGCACAUCAAGUCACCACCACAAAAUAAGUUAGAAUUCUUUUUCUCUCUAUGCAAGAUUAACUAUUUAUUUAAAAGCAUUUAUAAAGCGCUUAAUAUUUGUAAGAUCUCUAAGCAGCGUACAAUGCAAGGACAAUUAGUGUUAUUCAAACACAAAUACAACCUAAAGCCAGUAAGAUAGCAGCAGAAAAGCAAAUGAAAUCUAAUCAUACAGGAAGAUAGGAAAUUUACACACAUUAAACAGAUUCCGAUCGUAUGGAUCAGGGAAAGGAUGAGUCUUUGCAAGAUGGCUGAGUUAACUGAUGGUUGCUGCUUUGUGUAAGCACAGCUGUUAUUUCACUAUAGAGUCGUACCUUGGCUGCUGAGCGCCUUGGAACUCGUACGUUUCGGCUCCCAAACGAUCAAAAACCAGAAGUGAGUGUUCCGGUUUUCGAAUGAUUUUCGGAGGCUGAACGUCCAGCACGGCUCCCACGGCUUCCAGUUGGCUGCAGGAUGCUCCUGUAGCCAAUCAGAAGCCGUGUCUUGGUUUUUGAACAGUUCCGGGAGUCGAACCAGAACACAUUCUGUUCAAGAACCAAGGUACGACUGUAUAGGCUUCUAUAUAGGCAUUAGAAGAUUCGUACUGAACCAUGCUAAAUAUAGAUUGGUGUGGUCACGAGCAGAUCUCUUUCUUGAAUAAUUUCAGAUUCAGAAAUUCAUUUGCCCUUCUUGCACACAAGUCCUACAAGAAGUGAGCUUUGCCGUUGACUUUAGUAGAGGGUUCAGCAUCCUGUAGCAUUCGCUACAGGAAAUUAAUGAAUAACCUUUGUGUGUGCAUCAGCUGCCAGAAAGCUGGUUUUUGGCAAUGUUGUAUUGGAAAUCACUGCAUUUAAUUUCAAAAGUCUUCUACAGUGGAGGAAGGACAUGGAUGUUUGUUUGGCAAUGCGAAUUAAGAUGUCAGUAGUGAUGGGGGGGGCUAUUACAUAAAUAAGUUCAUUAUUUAUCUUCUGUUAACGCAUCUUUGUAUGUUUGGCAAGGAAUUAAGCAUUAGCAUGUGUUGGAAUACGAUUGCAAAAUUGCAUCUUUCUCCUUGUUUUAUUUCAGUGACAUUGGCAAUUUAAUGACUGAUGUAUUUUUAUGAUAUUUUAAAUAAUUUUCAAUGCAGAAUGACUAUAGGUGUUCAGUUUAUGCAGUUUUAUACCGUUGUUUCUCGCCAUAGGUUUAUAGGCACAGACAUCAAAGUGUCCUAUGAACAGAGACAGAGAUCGGCUUCCCGUUGUUUGAGUACAGAUUUAUAUAUUGGACAGAUGGAACUUCUGGAGUGCCUCUUUUCCAUGGACUCUCAUUCUGACAUACCUCACUAUACAGAGGUAGAAAUCCUUAUGACUUAACACAAGCUAUUGAAAUGCAUUGCAAAAACUCUUAAUGCUCCAAUAGUACUGUCCUAUGAAUAUUUGCUUUCAAGUAAACCGAGUUCUGUGGCCAAGUGUUCCAUAGUAAUGCUUAUUUGGGGAGGAAUUCAAUGUCACACUUUUCCAGAUGUUCAAUCAGCACAAGCAUUUCAGCUUGGUGUAGUGGUUAAGAGCGAUGGACUCGUAACCUGGUGAACCGGGUUCGCGUCUCCGCUCCUCCACAUGCAGCUGCUGGGUGACCUUGGGCUAGCCACACUUCUCUGAAGUCUCUCAGCCCCACUCACCUCACAGAGUGUUUGUUGUGGGGGAGGAAGGGAAAGGAGAAUGUUAGCCGCUUUGAGACUCCUUCGGGUAGUGAUAAAGCGGGAUAUCAAAUCCAAAUCCAAACUCUUCCCCUCUCAUGCUGUUCUGGAGGUCCUUUUGACACCUCCACACUGGGCCAAUUUUGCAGGGGUGGGGACGGACCGCAUUGCACUAGUGGCAAUCCUUGCAUGGGCUUCAACUAGUGGGACCAGUUAGUUGAACCUGGCACUUUGUGCUACAACUGGAAUUUUUCAAUAACUUGAGCCGUUCGAUUAGAAAUUUCACUUUAAAUUAGGCUCGGAGAUUAAAUAUCUCUUGCUUCAGGUUGUGUGGGAAGGAUCUCGCAUAUUGCAAGCUUUUGUACUAUGUGCCGUACUGUUUGUGGAAUUGGGGUCACUCCACAUUCUAGUAUUAAAGGAGCAGUUGGAUAGCCUGAGUGCAUGUUUUAUCAGCACUGUAGCUCAGCAAGAGUUUCUCUUGUCAGCUGCAAAUGAUAUAUUUUCAUCCCAAGGGCUAUGUCCAGUGUUAUCGCCUGUGCUGUCAGAAGGUUCUUUGCUCCCGCAGAGGCUUCUGUCAACAGAAUGGAGAGAGGUGAUUUUUGCUGAGUUAUCCUCCGCCCGCCCGCCCCUUCUGCGUGUCCCCAAAAUCUGCUCCAGAGUGUUGGGGACUAUUUAGAACAGUGUGGCAGGUGGCACAGCAAUGCAGGUGAAGAGGAAUCAGCAAAAAAAAUAUUAACCUCCCAUUUCUGCUGGCAGAAGCCUCUGUUGGAUCAAAGGGCCUGCUGUCAGCACAAGGCUACAGCUACUAGGAUAUAGAAAAGUUGGCUCCAGGUAAAGGUCAAUUUUGUUGACCCUGGUGAUGGGGUUUAGGGAUGCCCCUGGUGCAUAAUACUCCAGAAUUACUCCAUCCCUUCCUGGACGCUCUUCACAUCACUGACCAGAGCAUGAUAAGAAGACCCCUGGUUCUGCUGGACUACUUCUCCUUUGUCUUUUAAAUUUCCCAAAGCUCCAUAUUCUCUCUUUACACAUCCAGCUUGUAGUGUAAAGAGAGAUGGCAUCUUGGCAAUACAAUUGUUGCGUCACUGCAAGUUUCUCUAGACGACUCAUAAAAUGUCAAAAAAUACCGAAGGUCUGUAAUGGAUUAGACCACAGCAGAUCAUCUGGUAGAGAAACAAAUUGAAUGAGGUGACCUUCUAGUAGAUAAUUUUGUCUUCCUCCCUAAUCAAUGUAUUUGCUUUCUGUAGAAGUGUAGAGUUGGAAGGGACCCUGAGGGUCAUCUAGUCCAACCCCCUGCAAUGCAGGGAUUUUAAUUACUUGUGAAAUAUACUUGCAUUUCACCACUGCCUUUUAUUUUGCUAUAGCUGCUAAUGUUUAACUCUGAAAGACAAGGAAACAAGCUGCACCCUCUCUCCUGCCUUCAGCUCCAUUACAAGCACUCGGAUAACAGAGGGCCUCAGGUAGAUCAGAAAAUAUUUUGAACAAAAAUAAUUGAAAUCUUUAUUCCAAGUUGUGUGUAUGUAGCUCUGUAGAAAAUUCUGUAUUUUGCCACUGACUUUUUAUUUUUAUUUUUUUGUGUGUGACAGGGUAGCCAAGGGAGAUUGAGCUCUGUCCCCCAAAAAGCAGAUUUGCAAAUCAAGUUGAGUCCAGCUUUCUGCGAAUUAGAUAUCAGCAUUGUGGACAGACUAAAUUCACUGCUUCAGCCGCAGAAGUUAACCACAGUGGAGAUGAUGGCAUCACACAUGUACACCUCCUACAACAAACACAUUAGCCUGGUAAAGUAAUUGUAAUUUUAUCACUGAUAAAAGGAAAAUGACAAGAUGGCAUGUGGCAGCUUUUAUCUGUCAGGUUCACACUUCCAUGUAAAUAAUUUAAUAAAUAAUUUUACAGUGCAAGGUUUUGUCCCACUCAGAAGUUGAUUAAUUGCAACUCAGUGUGUGAACUUCAUUGAAAAGUUUAGGGAGGCGAGAUGGAACAAAAGUUGUACCAGCGUUAUUUGAUCUAUGAUGAACCAUUUUUUGCAGUAUAACAGCUAUUUGCUUAGACCUUUGUUAAUUGGCUUUAGCCAGUGCUCCCACAUUAAACAACAAAUACUGUUAAGAGUGCUUGAAAUGUACAAUGAAGCAUUAAAAAUGACUGUGACUUUGUAUAAUUUAUACUAAAUUGUACAUGUUUGCUGUAACGCAAUGGACUGUGGACAUAACUGCUUUUGACUGCCGUGCUUGAAUCCCCAUCAAAGCGUCUCUUGAAGGUGGGAGGUGAUCCAAAACCUUGUGAGAUGUGAAAUUCAGCUGUGUCUGUUAGCCAGCAGAAUGGACACCAUUGCCGGAAUAGAUUCUUCCUUUCCCUGCACACCUCCAAAAUCCACUCCAGAAAGUUUGGUGUGUGUGCUCCAAAGAAAAUUUGGAAGGGGUUGCUCAUGUGACAUUGGAUGUUGCCCCUCAAGUUGUGUUUUUUGCCCCUCAGAAUUGUUCUAAAAAUAUUUGUUUGCCCUCCCCUUACUUUGCAAUUGUUUCAGCACAAGGCAUUUGCUGAAGUUUUCCUGGACGAUUCCCGUACUCCUGCAAAUUGCAAAAUGUCGGUACAAGUGACUGCACCAGCUUUGAAGCUCUCAGUUCGCUUCCCAAUUCCUGACCUGCGGUCAGACCCAGAACGAGGACCUUGGUUCAAGAAAUCGCUUCAGAAAGAAAUUCUUCAUUUAGAAUUUGCAGAUAUGGAACUCAAAACCGAGUUUACAGGAGGACCAACUCCAGAGCAAGUUAAAUUAGAGCUCACUUUUAAAGAGCUAACUGGUAAGCGAAGGGAUCUCUAUUGGUUGCAAUAGAUGGUUGUAGCCAGUGCUUUUCGUUUGAGGUGCCAUAUAUUGAUAAAAGUACAGUGGAUGCCAGCACAAAAUGGCUGGCAUGGGAAGUGAAAAAAAGGGUUGCUGGUACUCAGCACCGCUUAGUAUUGUUGCACCUACCCACCCAAAAUCCUGGUUGUAGCUACGUUGUUCCUGGGCAAUAUGAGGGACCUAUUAGUAAGAUGAUACUUAUUUAUUGUUCCAGUUUCUAUUAUUAUAGGAAUAUGCAGACUUUCUUCGGAGAGAAUGGAAAGGAAGACAGUUUUCAUAUAUAUAGCAUAUGAGAUUACAGGGAAAUUCGCUUGUUACUUUUUUUUUUGCAACUUUAGACAAAGCCCAAUAAAUCUUUGGCAUUUGAGACACAACUGUUACAUGAUAGUUAGAGAUAUUUGGUCUUGAGUAAUCAUAGUAGUCUGCAAUCCUCUUUUGAUGCCGGAGGAGUUCACUAUCUAAAUUAUUUUCAGAGCUAACAAGAAGCUACUUUUCCAUUCUUUGUGAUGGAAAAGGAAAAAUUGUUUCAAAAAGGCUGAUUUUGUGUCACUGCUAAAUGAAGAAACUAAUCUCUUCAUGAUUAAAUGGCUAUGCAGUUAGUCCUAGGCAUGCACAACAUAAUCUUCUCCGGUUUCACCAUAGCAUCAUUUCAAGAAGGCAAAGAGGAAUCAGCUGUACAAUUUUUUCAAGUUUCCAGUGGUGUAGUUGGAGAGAUGAUCUCAUCAGACAACUUUGACUGGCCACGGUAAAACAAAAUACUAUUUGUUCUCUGUGUAAAUCCUAACCGCUUAUGAUGUGCUGCUGCUGAAAAAACUGUAACUGUUUAGAGCAGAGUUAAAUCAAAUCUAGGUUGUGUUGGUCUGGUAAUUAAGUACUCUUGAUGUUGGAAUGGUGUUUUUCUCCCAUCAAUGAUUAUGGCCUGAAUGUGACCGCUCUUGCUCUUCCAUAGACCCAAGGCCAUCAUAACCACUACUAAAAACUAUAAUAUGUAGACAUUUAAAAACUAUUUUUGACAGUAUUUGGCAAAACAGCAGAAAUAACAGAACUAUAAUGAAAAGACGACAGUGUGGGUCUCAUUUGGAAAAUAUAUUUAAUGUCUGAGAUAAAAUGAGAACACUCAGGAGGAGGUUUUAUUAAUCCAGCAUAAACCCAUGCUUGUCUCUUUCUACUGUAGGACUAAGGGUUACUAAAGGUACUCUUAUUUCCCCCACUAUAAGCACAUCCAGUUUGUUAAUAUCAGUUAUAUAGUCACUUCCAGUGUUUCAGUGCUGCCCAGGAGACUGGUCUUCCUCACUCUUAAUACACAGGGUUCGGAACUGCAGAAAGCUGAGAAACAAUUCAUGCUUGACACAUAUUCUGUCUACUUAGGGGAAGUACAUUUAUAUAACAUGGAAAUAGAUUUUGUGUGUGUCGUAAAUAGCUGUAGAAACUUUUAUGAGAACCUUUUCAUUGCCACAAAACACGUAACUAUUUCUGGAAUUAGUGUCGGGGAACCAGCCCACCAGGUGCGGAGGAAAAAUGACGAAGAGUCAUGGGUGAAGGUUUAAGCAAGGAGUGAGCUCUCUCCCCCAGCAGCCUUGCCUGUUUAUUAGCCUUGCGCACAUUACAUCAUGUUGCAUAUACACGUGUAGCACUCGGGUGGAAAACAGCUAGGGUUUGCAUUUCUUAGAAUAACUAUUCUCUACCAGGACAUAACUCCAGACAGCAUGACAGCCGCAUAAGCUUUGCGGUUAGGCAGCGCGACAGUGACCCAGGCGUGUGGGGGGGAACAAGUCAGCAGAUGUUUCCUCUUGCACAAUCUUGCACAAGGGUGUAUUUUUUCUAUUGCACCCCCACAAAUUAGUCACAGUUUCCUCCUUUUAUUUGACUAUUAGGAUUGUACUUAAAAUAAACCCACUGGCUGUGCACUCCAUUCUGGAAAGGAUAGCUCCUGAGGAUGAAGAGGAGGUUGAUGGUCAUUUUCAAGAAGAGGAAGAAGGAGGAUCUCACUCCCUGAAGGACGUGUGUGAUCUUAGAAGACCAAAGCCGUCUCCCUUUUCCUCUCGUCGAGUCAUGUUUGAGAAUGAAGAAGUAAGCACAAAGGGCUUAUCUGUAUGGCAUUUUUUGCAUCCAGUUGCUGUAUUCAGUUUCAGCAAAUAAUUAGCCAUCGUAAAUUGCUCAACUUAUGCUGUUUGGUUAGUUGGUAUGGUCUCAACAAAUCACUGCAAACCAUUUCCCCAAGGCAAGCCUGUGUAACUUACAUGAGCAUCUAAAAACAAUAUGAAGUAAUAUGUUGUUCUUUACUCUGUUGUUAUUUCCUGUGUUGUUUUUAGUUGCUCUGUCAUUGCAUUUUGUACAUUGCACUGAGACAUGUUUGAGGAAGGCUAAUAAUAACCACAGAUUAUACCUGAGAUGAUGUUUUUAUUUCUAGAUGGUGAUGCCAGGAGACGCACUGGAGAUGACUGAGUUUCAGGAUAAAGCAAUCAGCAAUUCUCAUUAUGUACUGGAGCUCAUGUUACCAAAUGUGUAUUUAACAUUCCCAAACAAGACCUUUUAUGAAAAGCUAUAUAAUCGGUAAGUAUAAGCGCUAGCUUUCAUGGUUUGCGUGACCCAUGAUUUGGAUCCAGAGGAGGCCUUUUUUGAGCAGAAGGCAGGGGAAAGCUCUUUCCACCACUUCCACCCUACAGCUAAUGCCACCUCUCACUUCCCUUUCCUGCUUUGGGCUAGGAUCACCACUAGCCCCUUUACAGGUUCCACAUACAGUGGUACCACGGGUUAAGUACUUAAUUCGUUCUGGAGGUCCAUUCUUAACCUGAAACUGUUCUUAACCCGAAGCACCACUUUAGCUAAUGGGGCCUCCUGCUGCUGCCGCACCGCAGGAGCACGCUUUCUGUUCUCAUCCUGAAGCAAAGUUCUUAACCCGAGGUACUAUUUCUGGGUUAGCGGAGUCUGUAACCUGAAGCGUAUGUAACCCGAGGUACCACUGUAAUGCCUGUUCCAUAGUUGUAAUAAAUCCAGACAGUCAAACCUCGGUUGUCAAAUGUAAUCCGUUCCCGAAGAUCGCUCAACUUCUGAAACCUUUGACAAUCGAGGCGCGGCUUCCGAUUAGUUGCAAGAGCUUCUUGCAUUCAAGCAGAAGCCACGUUGGGUGUUCGGGUUCUGAAAAAUGUUUGAAAACCGGAUCAUUUACUUCCGGGUUUUCGGCAUUCAGGAUCCAAAACUUUCGAAAAGGGAGCCUUUCAAGAACCAAGAUUUGACUGUAUUCUAGUCUGCCCAGCCUGUUGACAUCAGGCAGGUGCUUUCAAUGUAGUCUUUUGGGUGCCUGCUUAAGGCAUUUUUGCUUAGGCAAGCCCAUCCAGAUACAUAGUAGUUGAUGUGCUUCAAUCUUUUCCUGUUACUUUUAAUUCUCUCUUAAAUAUUUUUAUGUAUUUGUUUUCAGCUUUGCAUAGGUAAUUUAAAUAUUGCUUGUAAACCACUUAGGUGUUUUACUGUAAUCAAGCGUCAUAUACAUUUCGUUAAGUUAAAUAAAAUAAACCCAUUCUCAGUUCAUUUUUCCAGAUCACAGACCUGCCUUUGUUCAAGUUCUUCCAGGUUCAAAUUAAUAUAUGCCUGUAUUUCCCUCCCUUUGUAGGAUCAGUAAUGAUUUAUUACUGUGGGAACCCACAGCUCCAUCUCCUGUAGAAACAUUUGAAAAUAUUUCUUACGGUGUUGGACUUUCAGUGGCCAGCCAGUUGAUCAACACAUUCAGUAAAGACAGUCAGUUCAAAUCUACUAUUCACUAUGGUAAUAUACUAUAAACAUCUUACUGAAUUAUUAUGUUUAAGCAUAUAAAAGUCCAAGUGUAUCUCUAAUACAGCUGAAGCUACUGAAUUGAUAGAGGGAGAAACUAUACAUAAAGGUGUUACUUACUUCUUCCUGAAGGAAAAUUUAAAAUCUGCUUAUUUUUUAGCAUCCUUAUUUUUUAAAAAAUGUGGUUUCACUUUCUAUGAUAAGCUGUUUCUUGUGCAUGGUUAAAGAUUCACUUGUUUUUUGCUUUCCCUUUUGUAGAUGAUGAUAGUGGGUCUGAGGAAGAAACACUCCAAUAUUUUUCCACCGUUGAUCCAAACUACUGUUCCCGGAGAAAGAAAAAAACUGAAUCCCAGAACAGGAACACGCAGAGUUUUCUGUCAGUUCUUUUGAACAUUAACCAUGGAUUAGUGUCAAUAUUCACUGAUGUCAAGGUAUGACAUCUAGGGUCAGAGAACCCAUAAUAGCUUGACUAGAGUUGUUAUUUUGACUAUACUGCAUAAACCACUAUGGUAGCACGUUGAUCGUUCAUAGUAUGUUAGGGAUGAUGUUUUUUGUUUUAAAGGAUGGGAUUGCUUCAGAUAAAGUGUGGACUAAGCAGAGGAAUCUUUUCAGACAACCUAUAAUUCUCUGAUUCUUUCUCCAGCAGGACGAUGGGAGUGUAUGUGAAGACAAACAUGGGGAAUUUUGGUUUGAGUUCAGUAGUGGGUCGCUGUUCUGUGUGACAAAGUAUGAAGGCUUUGAAGACCAGCAUUACAUCUGUCUCCAUUCCAGUAUCCUCAGCUUAUAUCAUCAAGGUAUGAAAUGUCAGUGUAGAAAUAAUGUUUGUGUUCCAAGCUAUAAAAAGGUAAGGGGUUGAGUAAGGGAGAAAAUGAGUGAUUGUCAUCUAGCAAGUUAUACAAAACCUUGACAGCUAGGGUUUGUGGGCCUUACAGUUUGAAGAUCAGUGAGAAGCAACUCCUCCUUCCAAUAUAUGUUCCUCAAAUAAUUUUGAUUUGAUUUGAUUUGAUUUAAUAUUCUAGAGCACUUGCCUUUCAGUCCCGUCCCCCCAUUACAAAUAUAUGAAUCCAAAUUGGGAAUUAUUACUUGUUUACAAAUGUAAGUCUGCUGCAGUCCAAUUUAUCCACCACUACUGCAUUCCUUAAGCAUAUGGAAAGAAAUGUACUCAUAAUAUGUCUAAGGAGCUAGUCAUGGUGCUUAUGUGAAACACAGGAGGGUGAAUUGCUAAUAACAACCAAAUCAGAGCUGACAUAUAGAAAGUUUUUUCUAAGUACACCUAUGGUUGCGAAACCUUCUAUUUGUACAGUAAGAAAGUUGUGUUGGAUGUCUGCAGGUAUUUCUGAAGGCUGCCUUUCCUAGAAGAGAACUACUCCAAAAUGCAUUGUUCUGUUUUUAAAAUAAGUAUAGUAUUUCUGUUUGUCAAUAUACAUAACAGAAGAAAUUGCUGAUGAUUGAUAAGAUUUUAGAAAUCUUCCCUGCAGUUUUACUUAACGAAGUUUGGGUGUUUAGAGCAUCAGCCAGAUGUUAGCAAGUUUUAGAGUAAAAUAUGUGGAUUUUUUGUACCUCAAUUCAAAAUGUCUUUGAAGGACCAUCUAACCACAAAGCCGUCUUUCUGCAGGCGUGGUGGAUGGAGUUGUCUGUCCAUCUGAAGUAAGGCUGCCAAGUGCAACGCCACCCCAUUGGUUAGAGCCUACUAUUUACUUUUCGGAAGAAGAAGGUCUCAGUAGGGCUUCCUCAGAUGGUGUGGGAGUGGACUGCUUAAGCAUGUUGUCUGUUGCAGUUAAGAUACAAUCAAAUAAGUUGGAGACCAAUACAAAGGUUUGUAUUUAGAAAUUAAUAUCUAUAUAUCUAUAUCUGUAUAUGCUCUGAAAGUAUUUACAUGAAUACUUUGGAUGAACUUGUUUUUGUAGGAGUUUUUAGUUGCUGUUGGACUAAGAGGAGCCACUCUUCAACACAGAGUACUUCCUUCAGGUUUAAGCUGGCAUGAACAGGUAUGUUAAUUUGCUAAAUGUUCUAUGGUCUAUCUGGAGAUCAUUCUCGGGGGGGGGGCUAUAUGUUCUAACGUAGAGUAUUCCUACUGAGUAUUGCAGUUGCUGUAAGCUUGCUUUGUGUGGCUCAGUCCUGUAUAACUGGGAAUCCCCGUACUUCUGAGUAAAAUAUGCCUUUACAAUAAAUAUAUUAUCCAUCUCUUCUCCUUUUUAUAUAGUCUGCAAAAUCUUUCAGUGACAGCUGAUGUUACCUUACUUGAUUAGAAUACAGUGGGCCUAUCUUUACACUUUUGUAAUUGUAGAUUUUGUAUUUUUUGAACAUUUCUGAUGAGCCUGUGUUGGGAUAUAAUCCUCCAGCUUCUGUUACAACUUUUCACGUCCAUCUCUGGAGUUGUGCCCUGAAUUAUAGGUAAGCUAAACAAAUAAAGUGUUUGAAUCAGCCUAUUAAGUCAACUGUUGUCCUGAACCAGUUGCUUUAAUAUUCAGUUUGUCAAGUUUAUUUAUGGUCACUUGAAUUUCUGAACUACUUGCUUUCCAAAUAUGUUUCAAAUAAUUUUUUAUUUUUAUUUUUGGGUAGGCCUCUGUUUUUGCCAACUAGAUCACUUCUUACCGUUGAAACAUUUAGCAUUUCAAGUAGUGUGGCACUGGAUAAAUCAUCUUCUACUCUCAGGUAAAGUUUGUUAAGAACUUUAACAAAUCCCACAUUUAACUUAUAUUUCUUUCAACAUUUACAAAAUUGUUGGAAAAUAUAAUUCCUUUAAAAAACAUCCUUUUUGUUAUAGAAUAAUCUUGGAUGAGGCUGCUUUGCAUCUGUCUGACAAGUGUAAUGUUGCAGUGAAUCUCCAAAGAGGUAAGUGCAUUUCAGCUUUUAAAGGGAUUCAUACAAUUCCAAGUAACUAGUAAGGAUAUUAAAAGGUGUUUUUAUGUUAAGCAACUGUUAGCUGAGCUGGACAUGAUUGUCUGAUGUAGCAUGAUGGAGGAAAGAAGCUUUGUCUUUUUGAAUUUCCCAUGCAUGUGAUUCUUGUCUAGCUAUGGUCAACAUAUUAGAAUAAAAUAGCCAAACUGCAUCCCAGUAUAUUAAUGAAUUCUGGAUUUAUUGCUGGACAACUGUAAAGUUGUCCAUGGAAGCACAAGCCAAAAUUGGCCACUAAAAUAGUCAUUCUAAAAUCAUUCCCAUUCAUAAGACACAAAAAAACAACAGAUAGAAUCAUAGCUAGGGUGGGGGCGCUGUCUACUCAUUUUCUGUAGUUUAGAAAGGGCUUGAGUUUCAGUCGUAAAACAAUCCAUCAUCAUGAAGGCAUUUGAGGGCUUAAAUAUGAGGCAUAAGCAGCAAUUCAGGAGUUUAGCAGAUAAUUAUUUUGUUUUCUUCAGAUUAUGUUCGAGUUAUGGACAUGGGACUCUUAGAACUGACUAUAAGGGCAGUGAAACCUGGAUCUGAUGGAGAGAGAGUAAGGAAUUGAGUUAAAAUAUAAAAGCUAAAUUAUGUCUGGUUUAAGUUUUGGAGUGUGUGUGUGUGUGUGUGUGUGUGUGUGUGUGUGUGUUUGGUCCCAGCUCCUGCCCACCUAGCAGUUCGAAAGCACCCCUAAGUGCAAGUAGAUAAUAGGUACCGCUUUAUAGCGGGAAGGUAAACGGCGUUUCCGUGUGCAGCGCUGCUGCCGGCUCGCCAGAGCAGCUUCGUCACGCUGGCCACGUGACCCGGAAGUGUCUCCGGACAGCGCUGGCCCCCGGCCUCUUAAGCAAGAUGGGCGCACAACCCUAGAGUCGGACACGACUGGCCCGUAUGGGCAGGGGUACCUUUACCUUUACAUUUUUAUAAUAAAGCUUUGGCCUUUGAGAUACUUGUUCAAAAAAGUGUGAUUGAAAUUGACUUUGGUUCUUAAACAUACUGGGUCAUUUUCUAAACACAUAUAUCUGGUUCCUUGAUCGUACAUUCAGGACUGACUUAAGAAAAGUGCAUCUUCUGCUGGUGUCGGACAUGAUUUUGAAUUAUUGUCUGUUUAGAGUAAGCCACGUUUUGAACUCCAUUGUUCCAGUGAUGUGAUCCACAUUAGAACGUGCUCAGAUUCCUGUGCUGCGUUAAUGAAUCUUAUCCAGUAUAUUGCAAGUUAUGGUGAUCUGAAUCCGCCUGCGAAGAUGGAGAAUACUUGUGGAGCGACCAAGCAAAAUGUUAAGGUAUGAAAAGGCAUCUCUCUCUCUCUCUCUCUGUUUCCAUUCACCAUAAAUUUUUAUGGCCUAGCUUUGUCCACAGUUGUGAAAACUGUUAAUUACACAAAGCUUUUGGGGGAAAAAAAGAUUAUUAUCCCCACUAAUUCACAAUAGGCUAUGUCUUACCUUGCAUGGACUGGGCUGGCUUUCAGAUGUCAUUAUUUGUAUUGGUAGUCAGAAUAUUUUGCAAAUAUUCUGAAAGCUGUCAUAUGGGGUAGCAAUCACAAUUUCAGUUAAUUUGUUUAGCUUGAAAAGAAAUACAGUGGUACCUCGGGUUAAGUACUUAAUUCGUUCCGGAGGUCCGUUCUUAACUGGAACUGUUCUUAACCUGAAGCACCACUUUAGCUAAUGGGGCCUCCUGCUGCUGCCACACUGCUGCGGCGCAAUUUCUGUUCUCAUCCUGAAGCAAAGUUCUUAACCCGAGGUACUAUUUCUGGGUUAGCGGAGUCUGUAACCUGAAGCAUAUGUAACCCGAGGUACCACUGUAACCUAACAUUGGUUCCCAAGUGGAUGGGUUGGUUCCUUCAACUGACGGCAUUGGCUACUAGGAGGGUUGAUUAUUAAUAGCUAACCUCUGGACCGGAGCAUUGAAUCUGUCUAGAUCAGUGGUGCCGAACGUAUGGCAUGCAUGCCAGAGAGGGCACUCAGAGCCCUCUCUGUGGGCACGCGUGCCAUCAUCCCAGCAGGGCCAUAGCUUCCGUGCUGGGAGUAGGGGGGGGGAGGAGGAGGAGGAGGAGGAAAGGGCUCACGGGGAGUGGAGGCAGGGAUCUUUCAGAAGUCGAGUGGAGGCUUCACACAGAGAUCCCCGCCUCCACUCCUGCUUGCAUGCAAGUAGGAGCGGGAUUGGGCAGCUCCUGGCUGCCUUCAGGUGGUGCGGGGGCUCUCAGAUGCAGCUUCCGGGCUGCCUCCACCUUCCCCAACGCCAGCAACUAUUCAGCCUGGCUGCCUUCACAGGGUUGCAGGUGAUCUGAUGCGGAGGUGGGGGCUCCCUUGAGUGGAGUGCAGCCGUGAACCCCUCAACAAAGUGUGACAGAGCCUACACCUCCCCAUCUUAGCAGCCCCGAUCCAGCUCCUGUUCCCGUGCAAGCAGCAACGCUGCCUAGCGGAGCAGCCCAACCCCACUCCUACUUGCCUGCAAACAGGAGCAGGCUGGGGGGGGGGAGGGUGACGGCAACAUCCCUUGCCUGCUCACUUGCCGCCCUGGCCCAGCCUUCUUUCACUCAGCGCCGGGGCCGCCAGAGCUGGAGGAGGGGGUGGUUGCUGUUGUACUGGCGGCAGCGGGACCCAGCGCUGGAGGGUGGCAGGUGCCUGCUUGGUUGCCGCCCAGCCUGCCUUCCCUCACUAGGAAAACAGAUGUGUAGCACCCAAAAUGGAAGUUAUACUCAGAACAGAGCAUGUUCGGCUUCUGAAAAACGUUCCAAAACCAGAACACUCAUUUCUGGGUUUGAAGUGUUCAGGUUCCAAGUAGUUCGAGAACUAAGCUGUUCGAAUACUGAAGUACCACUGUAUUUAUUUUUCCCAAUUUGAACUGUAUUUAUUCCCCACCCCCACCCCGGUGGUGAUUUUAUUGAGUCAAAAUGAGAGUACCCCUAAACAUUUUUUUUAAGAAAAAAAAGCACUGAGUUAUAUCAUAAAAUUAUAUAUCAAUGGAAAGAUAAUUUAAUGAAGAAUGUAAUGCAAUAACUUUUAUGGAGGAUUAUUUAUUACAACAGCAGUCAUAAAGAAGAAACGUGAAACACAGAAAAAAGAGAGAUAUACAGGUUAAAUUGCCGUGUUGGCACUUUGCGAUAAAUAAGUGGGUUUUGGGUUGCAGUUUGGGCACUCAGUCUCUAAAAGGUUCACCAUCACUGAUCUAGAUCACUUUUGUAAAGUUGAGAAACAACACUUGUAGCAAACUAAGCUAGCAUGCAUCAUAGCUACAGAUAUUUAUCAAGAACUGCACUGUAUUUCCUUAAUAAGUUUAGAUUGGUGUAUUCCUUAUCUUCCAGGCAGAUUUCUCUAGCCGGCCAUCAUCCCAAGGUCCAAUCCUGGCAGAAGCUGACCAACAGAUUUUACGGGAUUUAAUGAGUGAUGCUAUGGAAGAGAUUGAAACCCAGCAGUUUACUUCCCCCUCUAAGCCACAAGCUAAUGGUAGAUCUUUCCAGGUUUCUUCUGUUUUUAAAGAAAUGCCGUUUAAAUACAGUAUUUCAAAUGAAUCCUGUUAAAUUAGGGUUGCCAUACGUCUGGAAUUUCCCAGACAUAUGCGGAAUAUUGCUAUCUCUAGCAGUGUCUGGGUGGAAAUCAGAAAUAUGUCCAUGAAAAUCUGUGGGCAGUGCUGUUUUGCUGAUUUUUCCUAAAAGUAGCUCAAAAACGGUUUUUGCGGAUUUGCCAAAGAAAAGCUGAACAACUUUGGGCAAAACUUUUUCUGUCCUGAUUUUCACUUUUUGAAAUCUGGCAACCCUAUGUUAAAUGCCUUCUUCUCGUACUUCACCUGCUUAAUCUUGAUAGAAGUGUCUUGUUUCUCUUCUCCCAGGAGUUUUGGAUGAAAAGACACAAACGCCAGCACCAACUUGCUCAGAUCUCUUCCUGUUUCCUGAUGAAAGUGGGAACCUCUCUCAGGAGCCAAGUCCUACUUAUGCUUCAUUCACUCCCCAUAUGAUUAAUGAAGCGAUAGGAGAUGUACCUUCCGAAAACGAUGACUUCUGUAUUCUUUUUGCACCGAAAGCUGUUGUCUCUGUAAGGAAAACCUAAUGUUAAUAAGAAAUCAAAUGUGAGGGGGGAAAUACCUUUUAAAACUCAUAGGUUAACUGAUUUGGUUAACAGCUGUUGCAUGAAGACAGUCUGUUGGAUCUGGAGAGCUUCUCACUGGGUCAUCCUUCUGGAAUGUGACAUGACAAAUCCAUGGAGAGCAGGUUGAUAAUGCAAUUGCUAAACGACCUUAAAGGCAGUUGCUCAAAUUGGGCAAUAACUCCAGCAUGCUGUAUAUAUAGAGAAAUGGGUAGUUGCCAUUUUGUGCAAAAUAUAGCAUGAGGUCUGCUGCUAUGUAUUAUAUAUGCAUUAGAAGUGCUGUUUUUCGUAUUUUGAUUGUUAGAAUUUGAAGUUAUCUUUGGGCAAGGGAAACGAGCCCUUCUGUUUGAUUAAAGCAGAGUCAAGCUAAAUCAAUAGAAAAUGCUAGCCCCCAAAUUUUACCUGUGUUAGUCUCCAGCUACCUUCCAAUUAGCAGAAUUGGUCAUUUUGAAAGCCGUUCUUUCUUGCCACUGGCCACAGGCAAGUGCCUAUUUACAAACCUGCAGUAAACCUAACAACUCGGAGCCAAGCAAUAUUUAUAGUUUUGCCACAGAAAAACAACAACAAAUGGAUGAUUUUUUUUUUAAAAAAAAUAGCAUUUAAUGUGCAUGUACUUAAUAUCCUGUAACCUUUUAGGAUAAAGUAGAAGAGCCAGUAGUGAAAACGAUGGUUGAUGAUGCGAUCCUGAUAAAAGAGAACCAUUUCAGUCUGCCAAUAAAGAAGGCAGACACAAACAAAGGUCCGUUGAGAUUUCCUAUCCCCUUGGUGCGCUACGUUGUGAAAGAAAUCUCACUCAUUUGGCACCUUUAUGGGGGAAAGGACUUUGGAAAUGCACCCCCUACAUCUCCAGCUAAAAGUUACAUGUAAGUACUUCUGGUAUUAGUUUAUUAAAUUCAUACCAUAGGGAAAAGAUGCAUUUGUCUUCAAAACAUAAAACUGAACCCCGUGUCCAGGUGAGGGGUUGUUUUGCCCUUUCUCAUUUCCUCUCCCUCAGAAUAGUCCAUUGCUUUUCUCUGCAUUCCACCUCUUAAACAUGGCAGAAAAUUGUUUUUUACCUUCUUACAUAGGAAAAAGAUGCAUUUGUCUUCAGAACAUAAAACUCGCUGGGCUAGUGCAUAAAGGGGGGAAAAACUGCUUUAGCUUAGUUCCAGCUAGACUUUCCCCUCCUCCACACCUUCAGACAGGGUGUUCUGCGAGGAACUGGAUUUUUAAAAAAAUGAUACUCUUUAUUGCAGCUUUUAUUCUCCCCGCUCCCCAACAUGGUUUACGAUUUCUUAUAUGCUGUCUUGGGAGAUCUUGUAUCCUAAAAGCAGGAUAUUAAUAAUUGCAAUAAAUAAAAUGGCUAUUAUUUAUCUGUGUCAGGACAUCAUCUCAUUCAGUUUGCCCUGGAGCUCCAUCUGAGCAAGUAGAAAUGGCAGCUUAAAAGUAUGCACUCAAAUGUGUAGUUUUUUUCCUUCCUGGCUGGCAUUCCCUUGAAGCAUGUGAUUAAUUGUUGGUCAGAUCUAAGGUGGUGAAAGCAGGCAAUGUACUUUCAGUGAGUGUAUUCUGAAAGGUUUGUUUUUUAAAAAGCCACUUUACAUUUUCCUAAUACUUAUGGAAUGCUUGUCCAUCGAGUUCUUUUGAAGAGGAAAAUGCAGUCUGGUUAACAGUGGCAGCAAGUUGAUUUUCUUUUCUUUUUUUACUCUUCAGUUUGUUUACUAUUUAUAGAAACAUUUAUAAAAAGCAUCGCCUUACAAAAUGUCAGAGUAUUGUUGAGAAUACACUGAGAAUAAAAGUUAUAAUAAUACAGUCGUACCUUGGCUCCCAAACGCCUUGGGAGUCGAACGUUCCGGCUCCCAAACGAUAAAAAAAUGGAAUUUUUCUUUUGGAAGCAGAAUGUCGGACAGGGCUUCCAAGGCUUCCGAUUGGCUGCAGGAGCUUCCUGCAGCCAAUCAGAAGCCGUGCUUUGGAAGUCGGAACAUUUCAGAAGCUGAAUGGACUGCCGGAACGGAUUCUGUUCGACUUCCGAGGUACCACUGUAAUACAGCACCAAAAGAUGACCAGUUGAGCACUGAAACAGUUGUUGCAAGCCAAACUUAAAGUUUAAAUGGAAAAACAAUACCCUUUCUCCUAUUCCAGUAGUCCUCAGAGCUCUCCUUCUCACACACCAACAAGGCAUGGACGCAACACAGUCUGUGGUGGAAGAGGAAGGAACCCAGAUUUCUUGAUGGAAAUACAGUUAAGUAAGGUAAGAAUAACUGAAAUGGCGACAGUUGUUCUUUAUUGUUGGGAAGUUCUCUACAACUGAUGAGGACCGUAUUUGCCCAUUUGUUUGGCAUGCAUAGGAUAUGAAGCAUUACAAAAAUACAGAGGCAAUGUGACCUUUUCCUCAGGCUCUAAAAUCUGAGGAGCUUUUUGUGAGCCAUAGCAGUAUCUACUUGGACCUUUUGAACUUAGAAAGGGCAGAGAGUGGAAUGGCCAUAGCUGGUGAAUGGGCCACAGCUGGAAACAGGCACUCCUUGCCACUGAAGCCAGCUAAACUUAUAAGUGACAACUCUGUAUCAAGAAGCAUUGCAAAUGCUACAGGGGGUGGGUCUUAAUAGACUUCUUGCCUUUUGCCUUUCCUGGUUAUAAGGUCAAAUUCCAGCAUGAGGUAUAUCCAUCUGGCGAAGCAGAAUGUGAGGUCAACCUGCUGGAGCAACCCGUGUCUCGUCAAGUGUUUGUGGUUCAAGAUCUUGAGAUCAGAGAUCGCUUGGCUACAUCACAGAUGAAUAAAUUUCUCUACCUCUACUGCAGUAAGGAGAUGCCUAGGAAGGCACAUUCUAAUAUGGUAAGGCCGUGUAACAACUUGCUAAAUGUGGAAAUGAUGGGGCUGAGAAUAGAUGCGGUGUCCACAUGCAGCGUAGAAGUAUGUGUUCUACUAAAGUUAUGUCUGACCUCCACUGGGACUUGAAAAACAGUCCAUAAAAAUUCACAUACGCAAUGGCUACAACUUUUACUGCAUGUUGCAUUGAAUUAGAGUGACAGCAAUUUUGACACAAGUUCAAAACACCCAGUAAGAAACAUAUCAGUAAUGAUUCUGCUGUAAAGAUUCUUUAUCUUUUAUAUAUGCUCUCAGAACAAUUCACAAAUAUACGUUCAUUUUUAUUCAGCUUUUCUUUCUCUCUUCACUUGUUAUUUCAGUUGACGGUCAAAGCUUUGCAUGUUCGUCCAGAGUCGGGCAGAUCGCCCCAGGAGUGUUGUUUGCGAGUGUCAUUAAUGCCACUUCGUCUCAACAUUGACCAGGUUGGUUUAGCAAGCAACACUUCUUAGGAAAAUAUAUAUAGAGAGAAUUUAUGCAGUGUAAUGAUUCCUUAAUCACUCGUUCCUAUAAUCUGUUGUAAACAUUUUGUGGGUGUGAAUUGCAAAGUUGUGAUUUGAUUAAGUUUGCAACUAUAGUUGUGCAAAGUUACCGUUAUUGCAUAAGUAGCUUGCUUCGAUGGAAGAAAAAGAACCAUUUAUGAAGUACAGAUGGUUGUUGUUGCUAUUUAUUGAAUUUAUUGGUUGUUUUCUUUUGCCAAAGGUAACCCAAAACAACUUAUAGCCAAAAUGUUUUUGUUAAUCAUUGGAGAAAAUCUCAUAAUCAUGGUGGGCAGGGUAUUUAUGGAUGGAGGUUCCUCCAGGGAUGUAUGUAUGUUCAGUGUGUAUUUUUGCGCCUUGUGCACAGUGUAUCUUUGUACCUGCUUGUGUGGUCCACUCACUGACAGGUGGUAAGGAUCUUUUGCCUUCAUUGCAACAGUGCUUCUACAUGCAGCACUUUUAUUUUCCUCAAUAUGAAUGGAAAGCAUAGGAGAAAGUAAAAGGGGCUCAUGGGAAACCACUGCAACUCGACUUAACCCUGCCACUCAUGGAGCCAGUAGCUGCCUGAGGGCCUGUUUUGCUCUUUCUCAACUUGCCUGGCUGGCAGCCUAUUUACUCUCAGCCAUAGAUGUUGAUGGGAGCCAUUGAGAAUUGAGCCAGCCUGUGUCAGAAUAAUCCAUUCCUUUUCUCUGCAUUCCCCUUUUUAUCAUGGCAGAAGAUUGGCUUAUUAUAGGCGUGUGUGAUGUAUAUAAAAAUGUGAAAACACUUUCUCUUAUCCCUUCCUUCUGUUGAACUCAAAGAAGUGUCUUAACAGGGAUGGUCAAGCUGUGUCUAUCCUGACGUUGCUGAACUACAACUCCCAUCAGUCACAGGCAGCAUAGCCAAUCACCCAAAGGUAAUGGGAGUUGUAUUUCAGUAAUAUCUGAAGGGCCACAGUUUAUCCACCCCUGGUAUAUAAGGCGGUUUCACUUGUUUGUGAUUUAUAUGCUACUUUUAUGUUUCAGGAUGCCCUGUUUUUCUUGAAGGAUUUUUUCACUAGCCUGUCUACAGAAGUAGAAGUCCUAAUGACUCCAGAUCCCGAGGGUAAAUAAUUUGUCUCUCUCUUUUUUUUGUGUAAUGAAUUCAUAGAAACAUAUACAUGGACAGCAGAGCUACAAACAAAUAACUCUUUCAUUGGCAGCCUUAGAUUUCAGCAUUCAUUUAUUUAUCUGUUUGCAGUUAAGAAGCCUCCUGGUGCAGAAGUGACAUGUACCUUGCCCAGGCACCACAGCAGUUUCAAAGAGCCAAGUCCAGUCAUUUCUUUCUCCUUACACAAGCGAGCGAGCCAGAACGGAAGUGUUGAUUCUGUGGAUAUGCUCAACGGGGAUGACCAUAAUUUUGCACACGAAGAGGCACCAUUCAGUGACCAGCCAAUCUUUUUCAGGUACCUUGAGAGGUAGAUCACAGGUGGCUUCAGGUGUUGUUGGACUCCGGCUCCCAUCAGCCACAGCAUGCAUGACCAAUGGGCAAUAAUGAUGGGAGCUGUAGUUGAGCAACAUCUGGAGGACCACAGAUUCCCCCCCUACCACCACCUUAGAUCCAUGAGAUGCUCUAGUCUAGAGAAGUUACAGUUACCUCUUAUUUCACUCAUUUGGUAAACUCUUAAUUUCUGCAGUCCAGAAGCAUCCAUUUUAUAAUCAGUGGACUUCUUCCAUCUGUAGCCCCAGUCCAGAGCCCUAUAUGUGUAGCAAAGCAUAUAUGCAUGUAUAUAUAAGGAACCUCCUGCAUAUGUAAGGCUAUCCAUGGGAAGUGGGGUAAAGAUCACAGUCCUUGCCCUGUUAAUAGCAUCCCUGAUCUUGCCUGCAUUGAUAGUGAGUGAUUAGUGGGUGAUAGUGGGUAAAAAAGAGAGAAGUGGGAAGACUGUGUGCGCACGUAAAUGCACCUGCAUGUAAGGGGGUAGUUGUUUGUCUUUGUGCCUUCUGUGUAAGGUUGGGAAGGAUGUGUGUAUUAAAGAAACACUCAUUAACGCAAAAAGGGGUGCAGGGGAUUUCAGCCUAAGCCACACUCACUACUGAGUCUGGUCCCAUCCACUGGAAAGUAGCUCCUGGGAGUAAAAAGGUUGCCCACCUGAUGUUUAAGCUCAUCAUAUUCAUACUUCCCCCACAGUGUAUAUUAUGUGACUGUUUUCAUCUGAUGCUAAACUAAAAAGAUAGUAGGAAAUACAAGUUUCCUUCACAGGACCAAGCCUUGCUUGCAUGUAGUACCGUCGUACCUUGGAAGUCGAACAGAAUCGGUUUCGGAAGUUUGUUCGACUUCCAAAGUGUUCAGAAACAAAAGCGCAGCUUCUGAUUGGCUGCAGGAAUCUCCUGCAGCCAAUUGGAAGCCUCAGAAGCCCCGUUGGACAUUUGGCUUCCUAAAAAAGUUCAGAAACCAGAACACACACCUCCGGUUUUCAGUUGUUUGGGAGCCAAACGUUCAGCAACUAAGUCGUUCAAGAUCCAAGGUAUGACUGUAUUCUUAAAAAUGCUGCACGGUAGAACUGCACUUUAAUUUUCCCAAAGGUGACUUUUCUGAGUAUAAACAUUAUCAAAAAGAAUAGAAGUAUGAGACUGGAUCUUGUGAGAUUAAGAUGACUAGUAGGUCUGGCAACUUUUAAAUCCCUAGAAAGUUGGGGAUUUAGCAAAUAUAGGUGAAGGUUAGUGAUCCUAAAAAAAAUAUGGAGCUCAGGGAUGUUAGUUUUACUUUUUACCAUCUUAGGUUUUAUCUGUUGAUCCCAAUCUUCCAACUGUGUUUUUGUUUCUGUGUAGCAUGUUAUCAACGUAUUUUUCCUUUUAGAGAAUUUCGAUUUACAUCAGAAGUUCCAAUACGUCUUGAUUACCAUGGCAAGCAUGUUUCUAUGGAUCAGGUUUGUUGACUUUUGUUGAUAAAAUUAGCCUUUUGGAGUGUCACAUUCAGUAGUUCUUUAUUUUGGAAAGAUGAUACAUUUAUGCUCAAAAUCUUCAAAUAAAUCAAAAGAUUGCUAAACUUACGGUCUUGCAAAUAAGUCCAGAAGAGCUGGUAGCCUGCAAAGAUUCUUACCACUCCAUUCGCCCACACAUCCAUUUUAAGGGUCAUUUGUGGUUUAAAAGAAAAAGUCACCAACUUUCUGCUUUGUCACCUGGAGGAGAUUCUUGUUCACUGCAGGCAACUUGCAUUAAUGUUUAACUUUCAUUAAAGCAUCCAGAACCCAAUAUGCCAUCAAAUUUCAGAUGGCAUUCUGCAGUAGGUAGUAGUGAAAGACCUUUUGGUAAAACUUACAUACCUAACUGCAAAAAAGGCAUAAUUUUAUUGGUGGCCGCUCAUAGUGAUGGCUGUGGAAUACUUACUCUAGGAAAGCUAAAGUUGUCCUUUCAGUGCCAGGCCUAGACUGCCUUUGUUCUCCCAGGCCAUUUAAGAUCAUGUACUUUAGUCCCUGUUGUUACGGUUGGUGGCUUCUAACCUCCUGUAACUUGAUGGUGAUGCCAGCUUCUAUGCUUUGGGUUGUAUUUUAUUCCGUUUUUAUUAUAUUUUGUGUUUGACUUUUGCUCCAAUCAACUUUCUGAAGCUUAUUGUGAAUUCUUAUUCUAGCAUUUCCUUUCCGUUUCUAUACAACACCCAGGGACUUUAUUUUGGGAGGAAACUUAAAAAUACAGUUAGCAGUCAAGAAUACUUUGGUGUUUAUUUGCUGCUUAUGAACUGUUUGACGCUUUUCACUUUCAGGGUACAUUAGCUGGGAUUCUGAUUGGGCUUGCUCAGUUAAACUGCUCAGAAUUGAAACUGAAGAGGCUUUGCUAUAGACAUGGGUAAGUUUCUCCAGUUGUUCUAAUGGAGUUGCUGUGUGUUAGGCUGUCCGUUCCAGGAAAACCAACACCGAGCAUUGUAAUGGUGGGUGGAAUUCAGUGUUGCACUCUUCCAAUGGUUCUAUCUGUACAAGCAUUACAACUUGCUAUACAGAACUAUCCCCACUCGUCUCCCCCUGUGCACCGUUCUGCAGGUUCUCUUGACCCCAUUAAGACAAUUUGGGGGGGUGCACAGGGGGAAGAAAGCAAGAAGGUGGAAGUCCUUGCGCAGGACUUCUGCUGACAGGGCUGGUGAGGUGGCUCCUGCCCUGUGUUUGCUGUGAAGGAAAGACAAACAGAACAAUUUCACUAGUUCAAGCACUUUGGGCUGCAAAGCUGAACUUUCCCUCCCUCUCCUGUCUCUGUGAAACCCCUGUGUGCCCCCUAAAUUGCCCCAGAGAGCUGGGGGAACCCCAAAACAUUUAGAGGUGCACAUGGAGAGGGAAGGAAGUUCUGUAGUGCAGCCAACGGUGCUUGCUCUAGCAGAACUGUUUGGUUGGUAACUGGCCAAAGUAAUUCACAGAUCUUAAUAGCAAAAAGUGACGUAGUCUCUCCAUCAUACCUUCCUAUCAUUCUUUAGGUAACAAAAUGUUACUUUUGUGCACACACAGGUUGCUAGGUGUGGAUAAGCUUUUCUCUUACGCCAUCUCAGAAUGGAUUAAUGACAUCAAGAAAAACCAGCUACCAGGUAUUCUAGGAGGAGUCGGGCCAAUGCAUUCAUUAGUUCAAUUAGGUAAGUUCCUGCAGUAUUUUUUAAGCCUCUCUGUUUUUUUAUUCUAUGUUCAUGCAUUCAUAUGAAUGAAUAUUUUUCCUGAGUGAUUAUCCAUGGCAUGCUAUCUUUAAUUACAGUGCAGGGUCUAAAAGACUUGGUGUGGUUACCAAUAGAACAAUACCGAAAAGAUGGCCGCAUUGUAAGAGGCUUUCAGAGAGGUGCAGCUUCUUUUGGUACAUCUACUGCAAUGGCAGCGUUGGAACUGACAAACAGAAUGGUUCAGACCAUACAGGUAUGUUUUCCCUUUAUCAAUGGGGAAGGAAAGGAAAGGAAGCCUAAUCUUAUUUGAAGCAAACAAGGAAGCCUAAUCUUAUUUGAAGCAAACAAGAUUUUGGGAAAUGGUUUCAGAAGUCAACUAAAGCCUACAAUUACAUAGCCAACUGAGAUCUCUCUUGUUUCAUCCUUAAUUAAGAGGAGGGAAGGUGUGGCCUGUGAUGUUUCUGUAACUUGGUAUUUGGAGUAGCAUUUUAAAGAGUUAGGCAUGAAUGCUGAAAUCAGAACACUGGGGUUUUUUUUCUUUUGGAAGUCAUGUCUAUUUAUUGCUGGCAAAAUAUCUGUAGAGGCAGCAGGCAUUGUAUGAGAGAGGAGGGGUUAUAUACUGUAAUGAGACUGUGGGGAUGCAUAUUGCAGCUCUCCGUGGGAAUCAUGUCAGCAGAGCCCAAGUAGCGUAGGGUUGGAAAUGAAAGACUGAUUUUAUCCACACCACAGUAAUAGCCCCAAGAAAUAUUAUAUCCCUACAGAAGUGAAUGUCAAUAAUUAACUUAGUUGGUAGAAAAUGAAGGUGUACUCUAAUUGGUCCCUUUGAAUGCCAUAAUUUGCUCUUUUUUGGACCAUGCCCUAGUGUAUGUUGGGAACCGGCAGGGGUGGAUAGCUAGAUUACAAGGAGCCCUGGGAGAUGAGAAUGUAUUCUUAAUAUUUAGCAUUGGCUUGUGUUUUAAAAAGCUAGGAGGCUUAUCAUAAUGUACAGAUAAUUGGAUAUUAUGGCCAUAUCUAGGUUUUUACUGGCUCACCACACGUGGUAAGAGAAUGUGUUUUUGAUUUAUUUAUUGAAAUUGAUACUUAGGCAGCUGCAGAAACAGCUUAUGACAUGGUUUCCCCCGGGCCUAGUUUAAUUGAGACAAAGAAGAUCAAACGACUUUCUCGCUACCGCCUGGCUCAUCAGCCUGUGGACCUUCGUGAAGGUGUGGCCAAAGCAUACAGCGUUGUAAAAGAGGUAAGGAGCGUUACCAUUGCCUUCUGGACAUCUGCAUUGCAUUCACAGAGGCAGGGAGAGAUGCCUUCGGAAUGGGUAUUGAGCGCCAUUUUUAGGAUAUUGGUAUGGCUUUAAUGAGGCUGUAUAGCCCUCAUUUUUCUGCACAAUAAUUUUAAUUCUCCUUAGGGGAGUGGUAUUUUCUCCAUGUUGGUUUCUCAGGUGGACACCCAAGAGAGGGUUGAGGUUGCUUGGCAUCUGUGGAAUGUGGCAUUUCAGCUGCCCUUUGUGGCGUGCUGGAACCCCUAACCACUGCUGGCUCUGAUUGCUCUGUCGUUGGUUUCUUUCCAAUGACUAGGAACAGAUUUAAAUCCAUGCCUGACAUUUUGUUUCUCUGCCCAAUGUGCGGCCCAGCAGGCCACACACUGCAUUUCACCAUUGGUUGUAUCCACUCGCUUUGAAACCAGCUUCUGGAGCUUAGUCGACUCACGUGGGCAUCAAGCUACUUAGCCAGUGCGGGUCUGCAAGAACUGAAUUCACCGUUUUGCUGCUCUGCAGGAAGGGCUUCCCUGUUUCAUUGCGGUGAAUGAUGGGAUGUAAUUGACAGGGAUUCUGGGGCUUAUAAAGACUGAUGACCCAACCCACCACCCCACCUCCCCCAAGCAGUUUACUUCACUAAAGGGAGAUGGUGCAGUUCUUAACACUCUGUUUUGUGUGUCUGGGACUCUCUUAAGGGGAUUACAGAUACGGCGCAUACCAUCUAUGAAACUGCUGCUCGAGAACAUGAGAACAGAGGAGUCACUGGAGCGGUGGGAGGUGUCCUCCGCCAGAUCCCGCCAACUGUGGUGAAACCUCUCAUAAUGGCAACAGAGGCGACGUCAAAUGUGUUGGGCGGCAUGAGAAACCAAAUCAGGCCCGAUGUGCGUCAGGAAGAGUCCCAGAAGUGGCGCCUUGGAGAGGACUGAUAGCUUUAAAAGCGUGUUUGACGUACAGACACUGGGAAACUGGAAGCAUAAAUCGUUUAUCCUCAUGGCAGCUUUAGAUGGGACGUAUCCUUUUAAUAUGCUUAUCUCAGGAACACAAGAGAUUGGAAAGCAAUUUGAUGGCAAAACCUGAAAGCAAGUUUGGUCAGUGCCAAAUGGAGUGGCACCUUCAAAAAAAAAAUACGGCCAAAUCCAGGAAAAUGCUGGCUUUAGACUGGGCGCUAUGUCCUCCUUGGUAUCUUGAUAUUUGUUGUUGGCAGGGUAUUUUUGUCCUUCUUUUGAAGCAACCACACUUCCCAUACUUAUCAGUCUACAUGUAUAUAAAGGGGUUCCCCAACCAUGGUUGAAGUAAGUUUAAAAAAGCAAAGGGUUACAUUAGUGCCCUUCUGUAACAGGGUUGAUGUCUGGUGUGAGACAUGGACACUACAGGAUACUAAAAGGAAAAGGGGAUUUCAAUUAUUUUGCUAAUUGUGAGUGUCUCACAUGUGGCACUUAGCAACCAGGACAAUCUGUCUUGAUAUCUGGUCAGAAAAUUAUUUUCAGACGACUGUGGACACUAAUUGUUUCCCCUUCAUAAUGAAUUCCUCCUUUUGUGGAGAUUUGAGCAAUCUGAAUGUUGCAGACAUGUUCUGUUGUGUUGCACUUUAAAGAAUUUUGCCUGUAUAUUGCCUUUUUAAAAUAGUUGUUAAUAAAUGUGCAUUUUGUCCUUACGUAGUUUUAAAACUUAUGCAAAUCACUUAAAGGGGCAGAACACUACAAGAUCAUCAAUGACAUUAAAAAUGGAUUGCAGUGCUUGCAGUUAUUCAGAUUGCUGCAUAGGAAAAAGGGGUCUAGUGAGCGGUUGGUUCUGAAUACACACAGAGAGAAUACAGUUUGUGGGGAAAGGUGUCUCGUGAAAGGAAUAUUGGGACUUGUAUAUGUUGACAUGAGUUCAUCAUUCAGUUUAAAUGCUAUGCAAGUUACAUCUUGGUAGUCAUUUUUUCCAAUUUUCACAGCAAAGUUAUUUAAAACUUGUUCAGAUAUCAGAAUAUUUUUUGAUUGAUUUGACAAGCUGCUGUUCUACUGUGAUCCUAAUUUUCUUAAUUGAUUCCAAAUCCUAAUUUGUGUACACUUUUUCAUUGGAAACAGAGCUCAGAAAUAUUGUACCCUGAGAAGAGUAUGCAGAUUCAUAUUAAGCUUCUUUUCUGACACACAGUGGCAACUGCAGUUUCUUCAAAACAAACUCUGCAUUUUGGGGUUCUUCAUGGAGACAUUCAGCAAUGAAAUAAGUUGCUGUCAUUUAAAAGCUGCUUUCUUAACAUAGUUGAGAAGCAAUGUAUACAUUUGAAUAAAGGUCCUCUGGACAGAGGUAGCCAACUAGUGUUUGAGUGAAUGAGUGAGAUAUUUGGAGAUAGGUGCUAAUAGAGCAAAGAACAACCACCAGUAAGCUAAGCAAUAACAUUACAAUCAGCUGUCUCUAAACCAGGGGUAGGGAAUCUUUGACCCUCCAGAUAUUUUGGUUCCUCACCCCUGCUCUAAUGCACAAGGGAAAUUGCAAUCUACCCCUGCAUUCAUGGCUCUGUAUGCAUGCCAUUUGACACUGUGACCCUGGGUUAUUUAUUUUUGGUUCAAAAUAUUGCCCAUCCCUAACCUAAGUUACUUACGAACUUCACCAAGCUAUUAGGAUGGAUGUUCUGGACACCUUGUCUAACAGCACUUAAUGCAAAGUAAUCUUUCUCCACUUCACAUUGCUGAUUGCUAUGUUAACAUGAUGACAAUGAGUUGAGAAGAAGUAAAGUCAAUACAUUUACUGAUGUGUUGGGAAUAAACACAGUUUCACUUGUCCUGAGUGCACUGUUGGCAGUAUUUUGCAGCUUAAAUAAUGGUAGUAAUUGAUACAGAUGGCUGGACCUAGAACAACUUAAAGAUUAGACCCACAGUGCAUAAGAAGAUUCAGACUGCCUGCUUUGUUGGGAGUACUUCCAUUAACAAGCAGACAUUACUACGAAGGACUUAAAUCAAAAUGCUAAUCGAUAUUUAUUGCAGAAAUAGCACGUUGGUGUGUUGCUGCCUUUUUUGCAAAACAAAUUCAAUACCUUGCUAUGCAAAUACAGUUAUCACAAUACACAAAGUGCAACAGGCUGAACAAUAAUAACUGUAAACAUUUUAUUGUAUAUACCGUACAUAUGAACUGUAUAUAUUGCACAUACUGGGCUAGACCUUUACGUUAGAAAAUAACCAAUAAAAUGUUUACGGUUAUUAUUAUUCAGCCUGUUGCGCUUUGUGUAUUGUGAUGCCUUUUUUGCAAAGGCAAAGCAAUGCUGUUUCUCAUUUGCCAGUUUCCCUUUAGGUCAUGGGUAGGCAAACUAAGGCCCGGGGGCCGGAUCCGACUCAGUCACCUUCCAAAUCCGGCCCGCGGAUGGUUCAGGAAUCAGUGUGUUUUUACAUGAGUAGAAUGUGUCCUUUUAUUAAAAUGCAUCUCUGGGUUAUUUGUGGGGCAUAGGAAUUCGUUCAUUCCCCCCCCCCAAAAAAAGUCCAGCCCCCCACAAGGUCUGAGGGACGGUGGACCGGCCCCCGGCUGAAAAAGUUUGCUGACCCCUGCAGGUGCUUUAUCUGCUCUUACAUCACAUGCACUGAAGAUAAAGGAACAGUGGCACUUACAGGCUUCUCGUGCAGUACACAGGCAGACCAAACCAUCCCAUCAUAAACAUCCUUUAACAUGUCCAGCCAAUAAGAAUACCCCACAUUUCUCAAACCAGUGCUGUACAGAAAAGGCAAAAGAAGAUGCAUUAAUCUAUGCUGGCUGUAAAGUACACAUUUUAAAUAAGUGGUGCCACUUGGUCUAGAUCUGUCCUUAAUCUCAUGACUGUGUGACAGAAAUGGUCAAACACAGAAGAGCCAGGGUUGAAAGCUAAUUUGUGCCGAUUCAACUCGAGAAGCUUCCCAUCGGAGCUCCUUUGUUAGCCUCUAGCCAACUAUGCCAAAGUCUUUGUGGUAGUCUAAUGUCUGCAAGAUGAGAAGGAAAACUGGUAAUGAGUCAGUGGGAUUUUAGCAUGGUAAUAGCCCAUUGGGUGCUAGUAGCAGACCGCCGAUCUAGGUGUAGAAACAGAUUUUGAACCAACUUUUGAAAACUUCUCUAGAGGACAAGAAGCUACAAGCAAGCCCUUGCAUUUAGAGCCCAAUGCAGCUGGUUUGGAGUGGUUAACUCGUGCAACCAUUGUUGUGUAUUCAGUGUCCUGAUUCAGGCAGGUUGCAAUAUGUGUCUACAUCCUUCUGGCAGAUGCUGAGACCCUGUCUGGUUCCCUUGAUCAACAGAAGGAAGUGUCAAGAACAUAUUUUCUUCUGGAACAUAUAAGAACCAAAUAACUAACAUUUUGCAACUUGCUACUUUGCAGAAGGCAAGGUGUUCUAUGUCGGUGUAAAAUAAUAUGUACAAUUAAACCCAGUUGCUUCACAUAGAUGAUCUGUGGGGUCGUCUGUUUCGCAAUGGCAGAGGAACAUAGGAAGCUGCCUCAUACCAAGUCCAUCUAGCUUUCGAAGAGUGGAGAUGCCAGUAACUGAAACUGGCACCUUCUGCAUGCAAAGCAGAUGUUCUUAUGCUAAGCUAUGGCUCUUCUCCAAUGAGUUCACAUCAAAAGUCUUGCACAGUCCCAGUUUUGCUCAGGCAUCAUUUGCACACAGUUGUGGUAUCCUGUGAACGUGCUUUCCUAGCUAGAAAUCCCACUUUUCCUUCUAAAAACCAACUGCCACCACAGUCCUCCUUGACUAUGAGAAAGGUGGCACAGAAAAGGUUUCCCUUUGGCUUGCAGGGCUGGUAGAAUGGGUUACGGUGCCACGUUCAUCUCAAGGCAGGAAUUUACACUUUGAAAGUGGGCCGCUAUCAUGACGCUCUAGUUUGCUUCCUGCCUUUGACACUUUCAGUCAACCAUCCCUUCAGCUUCUUCAACUACUUCUCAAGGUUGGUUCUUUGCUAUUUUCCCUCCCUCUUCGUCAUAUGCUAUCUUUCUUGCCUGUCCCUAAUGCUUUGCUGUGAGCUGGUGUUCUUUUGAUUUUGGGUUAAUAAUACGUUGCAUUUACCACCAUUUAGUGAACAUUAUAAACCGUAAGCUGCAUCCUUGAAGCUCUAUAUAUCAGCAGCAGCUGACGUAAAAGUAGCCGAAUCUCUUGGAAACGGACUUGAGCUAGACAGCCUGCCAAUGGGACACCUCAUUCUUUUUCUACGUACUGUAUUUGUAAAAUAGCAAGACGCGGUUAAUUUAGUAGAAAUCAGUUUUACAUGUGAAACAUGCCAGGCCUCGUAGCAAUAGAGUAUUUUUCAACAGUGACAAACAUGCGGGUAUACGUUCUCUUGAAUUGCUGUUGUAUAUAACCUUGCCUCGUCCAUCACCAGCCUUCUACAGCUUACGAUUCUGACAGGAAAUGGAACUUUUUGCAAAUGCUGGUUUGUGUUUACAUUUUGAAAUCAAGUUGAACUCAUUAGUACACAUGUACUUCACUUUGUGUGGUAUAAUUUUGUAUAUAGCCUGGUAUUGUAAAAAAAAUGCAAAACCAAACUGUAGAAUCAUAUGAAAACUAGAAGCUACUCUGGAAGAGAGCUGCUGUAGUCCUUUUUCCUCUUUUUCUUUUUUCCUUAUUUGGCUUCAAACACUGUAGUUCCCCCCACUCCCAGCUACGCUUCCAGCAUAGUUUCUUAGUACCAAUUUUGAUGUAUAUUGACUAGUAAAGGCCUUACACAAAUACGGUGUUCUGUUCGAUGCAAUUAAUUCAUGAUUUUUGUCAGCUGCUGUCAUCAAAAUAAACAGUCUAAACUGA